CCGGAAACACUUGUUGUCUCUGUCGACGGGGGUUUUACCUGUUUGUAAUGUUGGGUUUUCUUUCACUCAGUGUUGAGAAAGCAGCGAGAGCAACUGUGGGUGCCAGUAGGCUUUUUACCUUUCGAGAGACGGAAUAACAUUUUCGACCGAAAGUCGUGGAUUAUCUGUAGUUUCUGCCAGCGAAAUGCUCCAGACUGUUUUCACGGUGCAGCCAUGGGUUUGAGCGGGGCGGCGUGGAGGAGAGACUGGGAUUUAAAUGUGUCUUUCGUCCUGACUACAGCUUCUAUUGAUUUUAAGUAAGCGGUGCAGGAGCAGGAGCAGGACCCAGCUGUGGCUGAGACUAAGUAGUGAGUUCACCGCUGCUAGUCAGAACUAAAGAAACUAGUAUUUUUUCAUUUUUAUUAUCAUUCUCUGGAGUUUGGGGCUUUCUUUCUUUGAGAGCGGAGGUGGUCGACUGAAAGCAGCGGCUCACGGAGUCGGGACUGACCACCGGAGUUGGUCCUGAAAAUGGAGGCUGUUAUCGAGAAGGAAUGCAGCGCGCUUGGAGGACUCUUCCAAACUGUUAUCGGAGACAUGAAAGUAAGCCAAACUAACUCUGCAACUCAAUUUUAGACACAUAGAGUCUCCAAGGACACUUGGUUUGCCAAGAAUUGACUCCCAAAACAUUGGUUUAUUUCUUUAAUGAUAAGUUAAUGAGGUUUUAACCUCUGUUACAGGAUUUGAUUUCAGGUUUAACGUCCUGCCAAUUUGUAAUUCUACUAUGACUGAUGUAGCAAAAUAGUUAAUUGUUGAUAAAAUGAGGAGUACAAAAUGCAGGACACAUUUUAUUAAUGCCACGAAUUAAAACAUAUUAACUAAGCUAUUAUUUUUACUGGUUUCAAUGAUAGGAUAUUUGUAUCAAAGGAGUCAUUACAGCAAUAUUUCAAUUAAAGUAUUUUUUCCCAAUCCUAGAAGAUCAGUACAAGUUAGGUGAGUGUUUUUAUAAUAUUGAAGGACAGCCUCAUUACUGUAUAUGACUAUAAUUUUAUCCAGUCUGUCUAUUCUCUACAGUCAAAAAUAUAAUUCUGCUGUCUGUACUAUUCAUUAUUGUAAGUUUAAAGUGAUGCAGUCGUAUCAAGGCUAAAUAGAACAAACCAUGAGUCUGAAAACCAGGGCAUGUUAUUUUGAAGAGGGUUAUUUUACAUCUUGCCUGAUGAGACAAUUAGGAGAUUUCCCAGCUGUUGUACUUGCCUGGAGGAAUGUUGGGAAUGUAUCUGUCAGGGUAGAAAAUGACCUGCAGUGUCUGAAGGCUCUGACAUGUGUAGGUCAAAUGGCCAGCCAUAAGGUGGACUGGAGUCAGAAAGUUUGUUAUGAAUACUGCUCAGACAUUCAGCACUUCUCUGAGCCCCAUGUCCCACUUGACUGCCUAGUUUAUGGAUUCCAUGUGUCUGUGGAUUUGGUUUGUUUAAACCCUGAGAAAUUCAAUUUAUUUUCGUUAAACUGCUGCAUACAGAUGGGGCUGUGUGUCUGACAAAUGAAGUUAACUGUGGGAUUUUGUGCUUUCUACAAGAGGAGUAAGAUCUGACACGACAAAUGCAGAGAGAAUUGCCAUUUGUAUUGUAUUUGAUAUCGAAGUUGCUGUGGGCAGAGCUGCUGCUGCUGCUGGUGGUCUCUUCAAUCAGUUUUUGUGGGACCUGUAAAGAAAGGAUCAUGAUCCAAAGGACCCAGAGUGAUGUAAAAGAUUGAAGGAUACGAACACAAGGUUAGGUAAAAAGAGAAGUCCUUGAGGUAAAGACAGCUGACUUGGUUGUUGGGUGUAAAGUUUGACAGCAUAACACAACAUUCCCCAUGCCCCUGACAGUAGUAGCACACCAGUGACAAACACAUACUCAUACUACAUCAUUGAACAGUGGACACACUUAAAGAUAUGGCAGACCUGGUCUACAAAACAAGUUUGAUUUUGCAAAGUUUUGUUAUGCUUUUAUAUAUAAGUUGUGGUUCAGAUGUCUUCUUGGUGAACCCAUACAUCAUUUUUUGUGGCAAACAUUAAAAUUACAUCUGCACCUUUUAUGCCUUUAACCCUGUGUUCAUUUUUACCAUGCUUUCUUUGUAAUACCUCCUCUCUUAAAUGCACUAGGCCACUUGUUCUCUGUUACAGUUGCGAUAAAAGCCUCUUCAACUAUUUUCAGCCCAGGACCUGAAUUAGGUAAAUUUAGAGUCCCAUCAGGAGCCAGGCUCAUUAUAACAUAGUAUUAGAGCUCUAGAGACCUGUAACCUAUUUUUCAACUGAACACAAGCAGGGCAUGACAGUGUAUCUGCUCCAUUACCAGGUACCAAAAAUCUUGAACAAAGUCAGAGAAUCAAAGCACACUGGCUUAAAGUUUUAUAGGAUAUCAUUGCGCAGAUGUUUUUCAAAGCUUAUGGGAAAACAUGCCUCAUGUUGUGUCAUAACUGUGACAGUCAGUGCUUGCGUUAGUUGUGUUUAGCCCUGCAGGUGAGGUGAGGCACCAGGGUGGCCUCAUGUUGUCUGUUUGGUUAUGGUGGGAAUUAGAAAAUUUGCUCUGAUGAUUAUGUAACUUGUGUUUGUUUGCAUCUUUUCCCACAGAGCAGCUACCCUAUCUGGGAGGACUUUAUCACCAAGGCCGGCAAACUGCAGUCGCAACUAAGGUGAGAACUUUUAUUAGUGUUAAUUAAUGUUGUGUACUUCCUGUGAAACUUGUUUUAAAGGUAUACAUGUAAAAUGUAAACUCAAAAUACUCAUUUACUCCAAUGAUAAUGUAACUUUUUUCUGGCUUAUUAAAUUAAAUGUUGGUGUCCAUUCUCUCUUCCUCAUGACCUUAAACUGGCAAGUCAUGCCGUUCAACGUAAACCUAAUCUCCCAACAGUGCUGCACAAGGUGUGUUACAUGUCCCUGUCCCUCAUUUUGACUUCUUUAAGCUUGAUUGAUUUACAUCUCUAAUGCUGUAAAUGUACACACCUCCUGCCCAAAUUAUUCCAAGUCUUCUGCUAACAAUAAAUGCCAAUCCCAGCCACCUCUACUAGUUGGUUUUAAGUGGCCACGUGUCAGAAGACAAACAACCUCUGACAGCUGAAAUAAAAGCUCAUUGUACAGCAAGCACUGUCAAUAUGGAAGUCCUGUAGUCGACAUUUUUCUUCAAUUAACAUCGCAUUGCAGUUCCUCGGCCAUGUAAGUGUCCACGUGUCUUGGGACAGACUCGUACUGACAGUUGUAUAAAGGCUCAGGGACUUAACAAUACUUUCCAGGGGCCACUCAGUGUCCAAUUCCUCCUUUUUCUGAGUAUUAAGACUGAUUAAUGGUGAUAUGUUAUUCAAGUGUCUGCAUCAUUCAGGGGUUAAAUAUGUGACCCUGUCAUGCUAACACUCAGGGGAGUAUUGGUGGCUGUGUUGCUAAUGACUGCUGGCUUGGCAGUGGGACGUGUGUGUACGUGUGUGCGUGUGUGUGUGGAGACUGUGGCAAUGAUUAACAAAUCUUCCAGUUAUUGUGGUGCUGAACAGAACAGGUGAGGUAAAACCCUGAGUGUGUUUGUCAAUAGGAGGUUAGUCACAGCUUGAUGGCGGAGAUCUGUGUCCCAUUUCCCACUCCUGAUACUGAGUAAUGGAUUAUUCCAUUCCAAUGGAAAAACACCUGAAUCAUUAUUAUUACUAUUAUUAUUAUAAGUAUGUUGUAGGGCUGGGCGAUAUUGCCUCAAAUCAAUAUCACGAUAUAUUGAGCAGUUCACCUCAAUAACGAUAAAUGGACGAUAACUACUCCACAAGCUGCUCAUUCCCUCCCACAUUGACUUUGUUGAUUUCAGCUGCCGCUCCAGCCGCUACAACUUUUGAACCAUCCUCCAUCUCCUCACCUGUCUUUCCCUCUUUGUUACGGACUGGAUGGGAUGGGGUCACUUCCAACGUAGGACAGCGUCUUAAAGGGACAUGAGACCAUGAGACCAUAGCCUACCUCAGUGGUUCUCAAGUCCAGUCCUCGAGCCCCCACUUUCCUGCAUGUUUUGGAUGUUUCCCUGCUCCAACACACCUGAUUCAAAUGAUCAGCUCGUUAUCAAGCUCUGUAAUGGCUUAAUAACGAGCUAAUCAUUUGAAUCAGGUGUGUUGGAGCAGGGAAACAUCCAAAACAUGCAGGACAGUGGGCCUCGAGGACAGGACUUGAGAACCACUGGCCUACCUACUAAUGCUGGACGAUAAUUCGAUAACAAUAUAUAUCGAUCGAUAGACGUGUGGAGCGAUAGAAAAAAAACGGGUCGAUAAAAAGUUCGAUAGAAAAACACAGUUUCCCUUUCUUUUUCAUCAUAGCCUAUCAUGUAGCUUUUACUACAGUCAUUACUUCCUCCCAACCAAUCACAAACGCAGACCCAGGUACGCUACGGCACCAAGCCCAGCCCCUAUCAAACCACAACAGACAGCACGUGUAUUAGAAAUAAUGUAACAGCAAGGAGAAGCGGAGGAAAUUGUCCCGAAAAAAGGUUUCAGUAGUUCACCAACAUGGCAAUGUUUUGUUUUUUAGAAGUCUGACAAAAAGCAAACAGCGGUCGUUUGCAAAAUUUGCAGAGAAUUAGUAAAAACCAAGUCUGGUAACACAACCAACUUGUUUUACCAUCUAAACCGGUCGCACCCGCAGGAGUACGAGCUGUGUCGGCCGCGCCGCGGCUCCACGUCGUCGUCGGAGGAAUCCUCUGGAACCGCUGUUAGCACCAGCACAAAGCAAGUGAAGCAGACCAAACUGGACUUCGUUUCUUGCCAAAAUACGACAAAGCGUCCAAGCGGCAUAAGGACAUCACCCAUGCAGUAACAUGCUCCAUAGCGAGGGACAUACUGCCAAUAACUACCGUUGAAAAGCCUGGCUUCGACCAGCUUCUAGCCACUCUCGACCCGCGAUAUGAAGUGCCCGGCCGCAAGUAUUUCUCAAACACAGCGCUUCAGGCAUGAAAAUGGGUCAGGGGUUGAAAAGGUGAGAAGGGUGCGGAGGAAAUACGCUCCGGUGUAGCUUCUUAAAGUGGAAGAAAAUGAGCUCAUAUUUUACAAAGACGCGAGUAUUUGGAUCAUGGCUACUAGCAGGGGGGGCAUUCGGCAGGGGUGCAUUCUACGACACAACACCGGCGUGGAUAAGUCCUGCUUCUCGUGCUUAGUUUGUUUAUUAAGUCAAUCACAUGAUAUUUAAAAAAAAUAAAUCUCCCGACCCCAGGAGAAAUAUUUCAGUGUUCAGACACCAGGCUGUGGGCAGUUUCCCACACAGUUAAAACUGGUAGUAUGCUAUUCCCACCUAAAGCUAUUCUGUUUAUUUAUAUAUUUGUUUGUUUUGUUUAUUUUCAUCAAAAGACUAUUUAAAUAUUUAUUUAUCAGAUUUUCUGGUCACUUUAGUCUUUAUGUUUGUCAGUAUUUACUGACGUCACUCAGGCCACUUUUUUUUAAGUUCUUUUUUAAAAAAACUUUCAGUUGUGGUAAAAAAAAAAAGGUGGUUGAAUAAAGGUUUGAAUUUGAAUUCAGUGCUUGUGUGUUCUUUAUUAAAAGUAGGUCAUUAAGCAAUAGCAUAAAACAUCCAGGGCUGCAAUUAAAAUAUAUGUUAAAUAAUUAUAAUAAUUAUAUCGAUAAUUAUCGAUAUCGAUCAAUAUGAUUUAUUUUUUAUCGAUAUGCUUUUUUUCUAUAUCGUCCAGGCCUACUACCUACACACAUCCAAAACCAACUUUUAUGUUUUUUUUCUUUUUUUCUAUUAAUUUGAUACUGAAUGUACCAACAUGGGUGAAAUAACGUCAGUUAGUGUUGUAAAUUUCAGUAUCUGUAAAUUUUCGGUUUAUCGCCCAGCCCUCGUAUGUUGUUAUAUUUAAUAAUCUCUUAUCAUUGCUGUGUGACCUUGCUCUAAAAAGUUAAUAAAAGUAAAUAAUUUUAUCCUUGAAACAGACUAGGCUAACAUUAGCAGCAGCCUUGCGUUAUUGUGUUGAAAAUAUGCAGAAGUGCUAAAAACUGCAGUUCCUGGUUUGUCCCCUUGAGGCUGGCUCCAAAAGCCAAGAAGACCCCAUGAACACUCAUUUGAAUGCCGAUUUUGACAAAAAGAAAGAAACAUGUUUGAGGCUUGGUUUCAAAAUAAAGCUUUGGUCUUGAAGGGACUUUGCCUCCACUCUGACACAGGUAUGAAUUAUUUCGUGACUCAUUUGUUUUGAUGAUAUUAAGGCUACAGUGCACGUGGUGCAUGAUGAGGCAUCAUUAGAAGUAUGACUGACAGGCAAGCUCAUUGUCACUGUUCGUCAGGAGAGGAAAGCCCCACCCCAUCUCCACCUCUGUCGCUGACCAAUUCAAAGUAUCUCCAAAACCAGAAAAGAAAAACUACAAUAACCUUGAGCUGUCAGUUUAGAAAAGAUCAGUUUGCUCUGCACAGGAUGAGUUGGGUGUCAUUCAUUGACAGACUAUUAAAAGACUAUGUUUCAGUUUUUAUGAGUAUCUGCUGCCUGACGAAGCCUGGCCUACGCCCUUCUCCAGGCUGCAGUGGUUGUGGCCUUUUGCCGCUGCAGCACUAAUAAGUGUGCUAUCUGGGUUUGCGAAAAUUGACCUACAAAGGAGGCUUUUUCUGUCGACUUUAAAGCUCGUCUCCAGCCGCUACAAAUUUGGCAAAAGUAGCCCCUUCGUCUGCAGCAUAACCCCCCCACCCCAAGGACCUCUAUAAUCUGUUUGGGGACUGGGCGAGAUAGAAGGGCACACACACACACAUAAACUCACAGUAAAACACAAACACACCCACCUUCCCUCCCCAGCCUGGAUAAGUGACUAUCCAGCAGUGGCAGCAGGCAUAUGUCUGUGUGUGUAAUGACGUCCUGAGGCAUGCUACUCUGUAAUUUAGACCCUCUGUUCCUCUCUCACAAAGCAACGAGGAAAUCAACCAAUUACAGUGUUGGGGUUGUUCUGUCAUUUUUGGACCAAAUAUGGUGUGUUUUUUUCCUACCCUUUCUGGUUUUAAGCAGCUAUCUCUCACACACACAUACACACACAUUUGUGCACACUUACAGAACAGAGCUUUGAAGAAGGAGGGCAGGGCAGAAUAUAGGCUAGCUGAUUUCUAAUCAAGGACCUCUUUUAACUUGUCCGUGUUUGGUUGGGCAUGGUCGAUGCAGCUGUGUCAAGGCAAGGCUCACAACUCAGGCCUCCCUCCUUUUGGUCUAUAGAGACCACCUCAAAUCUCCAGAUUCAGCUUAUGAACUUAGUGGUUAUAAAACUCAUUUGGGCUCAAGGAGGAGCUUUAAAUUAUUAAGACAGUGGUUGGAAAAGUAGAUUCAUCAUGACACAGAUAAAUGCAAUACACAUUUAUGCAAAGAGAGCUUUACAAAACAUCUGGAAUCACUCUGAGAGGACUCUAUCUGUUACACAGUAUGCUGUGUCUGAAACAAGUGGAGUUAAACACAACCUCUUUCUAUGAUUUAGAUUUACUACAGUCACAUUCCAGUUUGUUUUGCACUAAGAAUAGAUGAGGGCAGCGGUGCUGAAUGUAUCAUUGUCAGAAAAAGCACACCACUGUACUACGCCCGGGUCUGUGGGGAGUUCAGAUUGGCUUGGUCAAGGCCUUGCAGAAUAGAUAUGUUAAAGUCGUUUGUCUUGACUCCAGGACAGAGGUGCUUGCAGAUUUAAAGGCCAUUGGUAGCAGUGGGGUAAUCACUGGAGAACAGUGCAAAACUGAGGGCUUGUAGUAGAGGUUUAAGAUCUAAAAUCUGAUUAUCUACUUUAGCCACUUUGUUUUCAUUUAUUUGUGAAUAAUUUGCCUAAUACUGCUGCCUUUUUCGAGUGUAAUUUAACUGUCAUACUUUGAUUGGUAUUAGUGUUAAUCUCCAAAGGGUUGAGCUGGUAAGACUUGAGAGUGUUGUGAAAGGAGAAACAAGUUUAACGUUUCUCUGGUGAACAAAAACAGCACAGAUUACAGCAGGUGAAAAGCUGUAAACUGCUGCACAUUGUACCUCAGUCUUCUGGAGCCUCUGGUACUAAAACAAGGCUCAGUUAAACCCUCUUCCCACACAAACCAGUUCUUCAUUAAUGACUUAAACCUGACUGAACACGACUUGGCUGCAUGUAGAAUCCGAUCUGUAAGAGCUAUAGGCUUAAGCGUUCGCGGUAUAAAUUAGCGGGUGCAGAUAUGAGUUGGAGGUUGCUCUGGUGCUGCACGGGGCUUUAAAUAGAAAGGAAUCUGUGUGUGCCUGCACGUAUGUUUCUUUUUCCAUUUGCAGGACACACCCAUGGAUCUUCGGGUGAGCUCUGUAUCAACACAGUUCCAAAAGAUUUCAGAGUGAUAAAGGACAUGACUGCUGAUCAUUGACUGAUGCUCUCUCUUGAAUAAAGGUGAAGAUCAGGGACUGUGACUGAGUUUAGAUCUUGUGUUUAUCAGUUCAGCAGCUGUUUUCUGGAUUACCUCGUCUCAAGCUUGUUUUAGUCCCCCUAAGACAUGUAAACUAUAACUUUUUUUUAACUCCUAACAACUGUAACAGUCUUUAGACAGCUGAAAGAGGAGCUUUUAAAGUGAUGAGCAACACAGCAUUGGGAACAUACUUGCAGCUUGAUGAGCUUUCUGUCCAUGUAGAGUUUUUCCUCCAUUAAAGUCAUGUCUUAAGCUGAUGCUCUGUUACUGGUGUCACUAGUUCUUGGUUUAAACCAAAGGGUGUAUAUCAUGAAGAGAGGCUUUAAAUGCAAGUUUUUGUGUGAAUUUGUUUCCCUUGUUGGUAUUUCUGCAAUGACCUAGAAUCCUCUCUAACAGUGUUUCACAGUAUCGGGAUACAAAGAGUAAAAACAUACGUGAGCAACCACCACGCUGAACUAAUCCAUUGUUUUGCCCAGUUAUGAAAGUCACCUGUCUGGACUGUUUAUGGAAACUCCCAAAUGUGUUAUGGUGGUUCCCUGUUGGCCAGUGGAAGAUAAAGAGUGACUGUGAAUUAAGGAGCUCCUCAGUAGAACAAAUAUGCUUCUGUGGCUGAACAUGUGGUGGAAAAUUACCCAGAUUGGGUGCCUUUUUUUUUUUUAGCAUGCAUGUCUGAUAGGCAGUCCUGUCUUUGUUGAGGAAAUCAGAUAUCUCCAACAUGCGUGAGCACCCCAGGAGUCUUUAAUCUCUGUACCUGUGAUCUUAAUCAUGAGAGGGCCGUUGUUACACGAAGAGAUAAGUCAGUUUGUAAGUUAACCUGUCAGCUGGCUGGCUAGUGAAGUCGCCAGCUGCAAGAACAGUAACCCUGCUUUUUUUUUUUUUUUUUUAUUCAGACUGUGUAUAAACAAACAUGAUACAGCAGUUUUGAGAUGACUUUGCAAACCACACAAGAUUACCAAGCAGCAGGUUUGAGUUGUGAACAUAUCACAAUCUCCUUUUCCAUUUUGGAGCUGAACAAAGUAGAUCCUACGCUGAUCCUCUUGUAGACCUGUAAGUGUGACAAACGCAGCCCCAGAGCUGCUCUGCUGAGCCGGACAGAUUCCAACAGUCUCUAAGUAAUCACAUAGACAUUCCUCACUCAGCAGGGCACGUUUCAGUUUACACACACACACACACACACUCACCUACAGCCCUUAAACUGCAUCAUACAGACUUCAGAUUCUCAGGGCUGAUUUGAGUUUCUUUCUUUGAAACGUAGCACACCUGCAUGCACAAAUGAACAUGCAAAGUAUCUUUUAUCUUCACCUUUCCCAACCAAAAAGAGUUGUUUUCUCCAAUGGAUUGUUUGUCCACGUGUGUGUUAAGUUGAUUUGCCGCCUGAGUUGUGUAACUUUUGACUGAUUUUCAGCUUUCUUUUCUCCCAGGGCGACUGUAGUUGCUGUGGCCGCAUUCUUGGAUGCCUUUCAGAAAGUUGCCGACCUAGCCACCAACUCACGAGGUAUGCAAACAAAAUUAGAGGCUUUAGUGUUUCAACAGCUGUCUUUUACACCUAAUCUGUUCUUCAUCGCUGAAUGGAGUCACAAUGUGUUACUUUGUUCAGUCUUGAUGUACACCUAAUUUAGCACAGAGCUGACAGGGUUAAAUCAGUUACCUCACUGUUUAACUGUCUGCGUCUGGGCACCUCUGUGUUAGUGCGUUUGUCUGUGAAGCCCCACUGUGCAGGUCUACUUUUUUACCCACCAGUGCUGAGGUUUGUGGGUUUGUUUGCUUUAUCGUAUAGGUAGUAAAUCCCUCACUAUGUUGUUUGAAGCUCUGCUGCUGGCUUUGUCUUCCACUUCCACCCCCCCUCCUUUCCUUUGCUUUCUAACCCCCCACCCCCACCUUCACAUUUAUACUUCACCUCAGCUACAUCUGGACACUCUGGAGUCCACUUUAAUGCUCUGUGAGUAGGAGAGAGAAAAAGAGACCGAGUGAGAGAUCUCACCCCUCCCUCGCCUUGACACCUUCAGUCCUGCUCCUUACUAUUAAUAGGAGCAGAGACAGACAUGCACAUUCAUCACCUCACUCACUGCAGAGAAAAGGCAGGGGGGGAUAGAGCUGGAAGAAAAAAGAGAGAGAAAGGGGGAGGUAAAGGGAGUCAUCAUACUCUCUCCGUCUCUGUCGAACUCACACAGAGUAAAUGUUUGCCGUAGAGUUAGGUUCAGUCAGCUGAAGAGCAUUGCGUCACCUCUCAUCUGCUCUUUCAUCACUUUCUCUCCCCAUUCCCUCAACGUAUUGUGUUGUAGGUUAGCGGUGUCACAUGACAUUUUUAUGUUCUGUAGUUCAAGUUUCACUGCACACCUGGGCUCUUCAGCAUGGAAGAAAGCAUGGAUAAUGAGUUAUACAUCUCUGUUAGAUAACCACUCCAUGUAGAAGUCAGUUAGGGUUUUAUUGACACAAGCCUAGAUUAUGUACUUUUUAGGCUAUUUUCCAUUAACAGACUGGUUGUAUGUGUUCUGACUCCUAAAGGUCAAUGUAAAACUUUUUUACAUCAGUGAAGCCGAGCUUUAGGACGCCACACAGGUGUAAAUCUUAAAUUUUGUUUACCAUGAUAGUAGGGGUGGGAAUCACUGUAGCCCCACGAUAUGAUAUUAUCAUGAUACUUGGGCCACGAUAUGAUAUUAUCACGAUACUUGGGCCACGAUAUGAUAUUAUCACGAUACUUAGGCCACAAUAUGAUAUGAUCACGAUACUUGGGCCACAAUAUUAUUGCGAUUUUUAAUAUUUUGCAAUACAGUGAGUAUUACGACACAAUAUAUUGCUAUUUAUAUAAUUUUUUCAACUGUUUAGCUAAUUUGUCUUUCCUUUAUGUUUGUCUUAUUUACGCUGUAUUUUAGUUUCAUAUAGCACAUCUUGCAAACCUUAUAUAUUUGUUAUAACAACUUUCUUCUGCUCGAUGAUGCCACCUCUGCCAACCUCACUGGACAAACAGUUGAUUUUAUUUUUCCUUUAUCAUAGAUUUGACUUCAUAUUAACAAUUAAUUUGAAAAAAACGAUACUUGGUAAAUGAGACAAUAUGAUAUAUCAUCAGAUAAAAUACUGCGAUAUUGUGCUGUAUUGAUUUUUUUUCUCCCACCCCUAAUGCUUAGUUUGUACAGGCUUACCAGUGCACAGACAGUGGAGAAUCUGGAUUUUAAUAUGAAAUCUUCUUUUAGCUAGUUUAAUAAUCAUUAUAGUGUCAUAAAUACAUAGAAAAUAUCAGGUCUUUAUUAUUCUUCUUUUAAAUCUAAUAUCAUGUCUCACUCUCAGAUACAGGAGAACACAUGGAUACACAUGUAUAAGUACAUGCUACUUUCCCAUCCAUUGGUUUCCUCAUUACUUCCCCAAUCUGAAAAAUGUGUUAAAGAGAAGAAGAAAUCUCAGUCUAAGUGUAGAUGCUCUUUUAUUUGUUUGCCUGUUUUUUCAAAGUUUUGAUGGAUGAGCCUUCUCACGACCCUCUGAAGCUGCUGCAGAGUACAUUAAACAGUUGCCAGGAGGCAGGAGAUCGAGUCUGAGGAAAAAGUUUUCCUCAUUACUCCUAAAGUUAACUCAUUUUGAAGCCGUGAGCAAGAUUGUUUUUGUGGCUAUCAAAGGUUUUUCUUGUCCUAGAGGCAUGAUCUUUGGAUUCUAAUUUACCCAGGAAUCAUUUGUCACCAAACAAACCACUUUGUUGUCUCAAACUACAUCAAAUAUUGCUACGUACAAGUAAUGGCUCUUCAAAAUCGCCCGUGGCGGCGAUCUCUCUACUCAAGGAAGAUAUCAGUUUACUGUAUUGUUCACCAUCAGAGCUAUAGAGCAAAGCUUGUCUUGAAUCCAACCUGUCUGUUUCUCAGCGUGAGUCUCCUCUCUGUGACUUUGAUGUUGAACAUCAUCUGCAUAGUUUAGUGACUAGAUCAGAUCGAGUGCAGACUGACUGACAGGACGGUUUCUGUUUGCACUUCAGAUUUGGCUUGAGGCUUCAGGGGACCCAAAAAAACAAUGACUUCUAUUAGUUUGUUGUUCUCCUCUGCUUUUCUAAGUCUUGACCAGCUUCUUACAGCCGUCAGUAUGCUAGUGGGUACUAUCUUAUUCUAUUCACCAACCACAUUACAGAUAAGCUAGCUGUGAGGGUUUUUCAGCAGUCUUUGUAAUAGUAAUAAAAAAUACUGUGCUGGGUCCAAAGGUUUGUCAGUCUUGUAAACAGGAGAACAAAGCUUUUGGUUGCCUUUGUAAAUAGAUUUUGUCAUGUCUAUCCUUCAGAUACUGGCUGUGAUAGUUGCUCAUAAAGUUAAUGGGUUGAUCAAUGGACUUAGCCAGCUUUGACAUGUGACAGCAGCAGUUAUGUUUAUUGGUGUUUAGAUGAGUCACUGACCUUUUUAACAGUAUCACAGUGUCAAUACUUACUCGUUCCUUUUGAUGCUUAAAACAUUUGACUGCAUUUAAAUAUUGCAUGUAGAAAAAAAAGUACUUUUUGAGCCAAAUAAAAUAAUGUUAUGAUACCUUCUUCACCCUGACUCAUGAAAGAUUAAUCACGCCGUCAUGUUGGACAGCCAUCUCACAGCAAACAAGCGCAUACAAGCAGCAGACAUACAGUAUGUAAAGCUAUAGUUAUUAAAAGCAAAAACUCUGAUGUUUCCAAAUAGUUAACCAGAGUAAAGAAGCGAACACCUCACUUAAUAAUCAACUGUGAUGUGCUGUUUGUGUUUCUGUAUCUGUGUAAGUAGUUUACUCUAACUGAUUUUUGAGAACCAGAUGUUUUCAUAGAGAUGAAUAAAGGAGAUUAAACCUGCAAUCGAAGGAUUCUUGGUUACUUUUGAAUUGGGUGGACUGGCAUGACAACGUCCAAUUAGAGCAGAGUUAGCGAGAGAAAACUGGUGGAUUAUGAGCGAAGGAUUAAUGACUCCUGCUAAAUAAGAGACCUGCAUUUGCUCCCUUUUUAAACAAGCAUAGCUCAAAUAAAGCCUGGCUUAAAAGUUUACAGUUGAGUGAAACAAAAUAACUGGAAUGCAGAGUGGAGAAAGUAUGAAUAGAAGAGAGACUUAGGUUUCCAGACAAAGCCUUUCUUUUCUCCCAGUUGUGUUUUGGUUUUUAAGUGUUCAGAGGCUGACAGUGGACACACACAUAUCACACACUGAAGCCGCGCACUAUAGAAAACAACAAUUGUCACAUAAAUGUAAGAAGUUUGCAAUACCAAGCUGCACUUCUUGAUGCACAGUUGCUUGAACAUCUCUAGGGGUUAGUUUUUUAGCUGUUGCUCCUCCUUGUAUAUUGAGGAUGCAGAGGAAUUUGGUUGAAAAGCCUUGAAUGGCAAGUUUUUGUAGAAAAAUCAUGUUUGUAACAUUAGUUAAAAAUUAAAAAGUGAUGUUUGUGCUGUCAACUUGAGAAACCAACAUUAACAAAACUAAUAUAAAUCAUUUGUUAAUGACUCACAAAGAAGAGUGAUGCAGUCUUGUGUUGCUGAAACGACAGCAGAUAUUAAAAUUUUUGAAUCUUUGCUUAAAUAACUCUUUUUUUGUGUGUGUUUCCAGUAACAGUUUGACAAACACACCACAUCCUGAAGUGUUUAAGUUUUGUUUGUUUACUGUCUUUACUGUAAUCCACUGACUCACUAACUGAAAGAUUUAUUUGUGUGGGACUUUUUUCUCCUUCUUUAAAGUCAGUCACAGUUUGCACACCCUUACUCCUUUCCAUUAUUUUCAGUCGAACUUUUGAAGUCCUCAGUCGCGUUGUGUCCCUGUUUGCACUCAAAUCCUCUCCAGCUAUUGACCUUGAAUUGAAAACACUGCAUUUGCCUGUAUCCUUGAAAUUAUUGGCACAAAAACACAUUUUGGCACACGCUAAAUGCUGCUGUCGUGCCGCCGCCGCAGCAGUGUAACUGAGUUUGUUUUAUCGGGUAUAUUGAUUCAAUUUGAUUAAACUCGUGGUUAAACAUUAACAACUGAACCUGUUUUGGGUCAAGCAUUAAGUAGUGCUCAGACAUCAGACCAUGAGACUGACAAACAAGUGGUCAAAACGGAAAGAAAAACCUUGACACCGUUGUCAUGGUGCCAAGAUAAAGAUUUUAUCAUGGUUGAAAAUCAAAAUCUAGUUCUAACAGUGAGUCUGUUGCACUAGGUUAAUUUAACAAAACGAGUUGAGUGAUAGACUGGUGUUAUACAUCUAAAGCUCACUUCACCUAAAAAGACACAAAUGUUGGAAAUACAAGUAACCAAUGGGACGACCCUGUGAAACCAUCAUUUGUUUACCUUUUUACUGUCAUCAGUGUUUGGUCAUACAUGAGUCAAGCUUCACUGAAAUUUCUGCAGUUCACCUCGAGCUCUUUAAGUAACUCCUCAGCUGAGAGAACUUUUAUUAUGUAGAUAAUUACUAUUAAAAAAAAACUUUGCUAAUACACGUCCUUUCAAAAGAAUCAAGCCAGACCAAAAGCUUGGAUAUCCAACAAUCUGUACUGUUUUCAUUCAACCUGAAAAACUUGAAACUGCAAAGGUCAUUGAUGAAGAUGAGAAAACGUCCUGUUGAAUCUUCAUAUGAAGAAAAAGGGUAAAAGACCAGACAGGAAGAAGAAUAAUCACGUCCCUUGUUUCAGGCGCCAGAUCAUUUUCCAUGUAGAUCCCCUCCUGCUGUUUAGUAUUGAAGUCUGGUUUUGUCAUGGUUUCCUUCUCCGUAUAAUGGGCCUGUGUCUGUUUGUGUGUGUGUGAUUCUUUUUUUAGCUCGUCUGCGUGUGUUCAUACAGUAUACCAGUGCUACCUCUUUGUGGUAUUCCAUUCACCGAGUGUGAGAGUGAGGUAGUGGCUGAGUUGUGAUAUUUACUCUGAGUCCAACACAGUGAAACAGCUGACAGCAUCUAUGGCACAUUGAAGAAUGGGGUUAUUCCACACAGGCUAAACAAAGAGAGUUUUCUCAUUUUUACACUCAGAUCUUGUUUGACUUCUAGUAACUUAAUGUAAUAUCGUUAGAAUCAAGUUGGUCACUCUGACAACACUAUUUAAGUCUGGCUCUACAGCUCACCUCUAAGUUUGCAAGUCUGUUUCCUGGAAUGCAGACAGACUUUACUCCUCUGACUGCUUCAAACCUUAGAACCUCACUUUAUUAAAGAAAAGAGAGCAAGUUUUACCUGUUUUUUUUUACACAAUUAGAUAGCUUGUCCUGUAAAAAAAUUAUUUAUGAGGAUUGGUAGAUUGUAAAUCUUAGUUACUCUGUCCAUAUUACAUGUUUUGAGAUCCACUGACGUAAACCAACACGUCACCAAAUUUCUCACUACACCCACUGCUGUGUUCACGGUUUCCAAAAUAACCAAGACUAUGUUAGUUAGCAGCUGUUAGGACACCGUCUCUGCAUGUAAAGUGAGUAUUUGUGUGUGUACAUUAUGUCAGUGUGUAAGAGUGUGUGUGUGUGUAUCUAAUAAUCCCAGUGGCUCUGUCAGCAUCUCCAGUGUUUAGUCUGUUUGAACACGUCUGACUCUGUAGAGAUGAAAUGGACACCUGCCACAGGGUUAGCAUGCAGCAGCCUGUUGGAGCUAUUUAGACCUAAAAAGAUUGUUCAGAUAUUCAAGCGUGUCAUUAGAGCUGAUAAUUAUUAUCUAGCUAGUUUAUAAUUCAGGUUACUUUGUGCAAGAAUCAUUGGUUAUUGUCACAACAUUAAUCUGCACUUUAUCAAAAUGCCUUUUUUAAAACAAACUGCCUUUGCAUGAACAGUUUGUGCUUUUCCUUGUCUAUCAUUUGAGCCUGCAUAUAAAAAAUGAUCAUACUUUUCAAUCAUUAAACACUCUUCUAAAUUGAAAUGGAAACACACUUGUCCUAAAAACAGACUCUCAGUCAAAUAUUUGUCAGCCUUGCCCAUCAAAUCAUGCAUUUUAAUAUUUCUAAUUGUAGUUUUGUCACACCUCCGCUGAUGAACCAGUUCUUUCACAUAUUGUGUCUGCAUGGAAAAAAGCCAGCUGCUGUUGUCAUUAUUGCAGUCCUGAUGUCAUUAUAGUAAGUGCUGCUAUCUAAGCCAUACCUUUCAAAUACCUCACUGUUUGUCCUUCUCACCUGACUGCACCUUUGUUUGAUUUGAACUCACUACACACAGGCUGUCAUAGUCUUCUUUUUCUACUUGACCCAGUUGUGAAAAACCAAACCUCCACAUAACAUAAACUUUGUGUUCUUCGUGUCGAAGGUGUCCAGUGGGUCUGGGUGAGCUGCAGCCUUUAUGAAGUGUUAAUGAUUUUUUUAGUCCCAUGGUAGUCAUAGAGACAGAGAGGAUGGGGCUUGUGAAAUUGAGAUGCUAAUAUGUGUUGAAGCUGUUUGUGUUACGCAGAAUCCCACAUCAAACCCCCGCAGAUAUGUUUUAUGUACUAACAGCAGUCAUUUUUCUGAAAGUGUAUACGGGGACAUGCCUACAAAACAACCCAGCGGUGCAGUCGUAGAUGUCUUCUCAUUAGCUGUGACAAAACUGCUGCGCUCCAUCCCCCUGACCUCUAUACUCCGCCUUGCUUCUGCCCAUUGUAUAACCUCUCCCAUUAACAUCAAUGCAGCCCCUCCUUAUGGAAUAGCUUAGUUCCACUGAGGCCACGUGUGCCAACAAUGAGUUCAGCUCCUGGUGAAGGUAAGGCAGCAUGAAAUACUUUGUGCACAACUUAUUACGGUUUUGCAGUUCUGGGUCUGUUCUUGAAUGAGGGUUCAAGUCAUUAAAAUAUGUGAAAUUCCUUGACACAAGAAUUCACACAUUAGUUAUUACACUUCUGUUUUCAGUAGAAGGUUUUCAAAUACCUCAUUGUAUAAACGUUAGAAGGUCCAAUCAGUUGUUUGUGCAAAAAUUGCAUUUGAAAGAAGAGAUUGCGUCUAAAAAGCUGUUUAGUAUUGAAGUCUGGUUUUGUCAUGGUUUCCUUCUCUGUAUAAUGGGCCUGUGUCUGUUUGUGUGUUUGUGUGUGUGUGUGAUUCUUUUUUUAGCUUGUCUGCGUGUGUUCAUACAGUAUACCAGUGCUACCUCUUUGUGGUAUUCCAUUCACCGAGAGUGAGUGACGCAGUGGCUGAGUUGUGAUAUUUACUCUGAGUCCAACACAGUGAAACAGCUGACGGCAUCUAUGGCACAUUGAAGAAUGGGGUUAUUCCACUCAGGCUAAACAAAGAGAGUUUUCUCAUUUUAACACUCAGAUCAUGUUUGACUUCUAGUAACUUAAUGUUAAAUCUUUAGAACCAAGUUGGUCACUCUGACAACACGAUUUAAGUCUGGCUCUACAGUUCACCUCUAAGUUUGCAAGUCUGUUUCCUGGAAUGCAGACAGACUUUACUCCUCUGACUGCUUCAAACCUUUGAGCCUCACUUUAUUAAAAAAAGAGCAAGUUUUACCAGUUUUUUUCACAUAAAUAGAUAGCUUGUCCUGUAAAAAAAAAAAUUAUCAAUGAGGAUUGGUAGAUUGUAAAUCUUAGUUACUCUGUCCAUAUUACAUGUUUUGAGAUCCACUGACGUAAACCAACACGUCACCAAAUUUCUCACUACACCCACUGCUGUGUUCACGGUUUCCAAAAUAACCAAGACUAUGUUAGUUAGCAGCUGUUAGGACACCGUCUCUGCAUGUAAAGUGAGUAUUUGUGUGUGUACAUUAUGUCAGUGUGUAAGAGUGUGUGUGUGAGUAUCUAAUAAUCCCAGUGGCUCUGUCAGCAUCUCCAGUGUUUAGUCUGUUUGAACACGUCUGACUCUGUAGAGAUGAAAUGGACACCUGCCACAGGGUUAGCAUGCAGCAGCCUGUUGGAGCUAUUUAGACCUAAAAAGAUUGUUCAGAUAUUCAAACGUGUCAUUAGAGCUGAUAAUUAUUAUCUAGCUAGCUUAUAAUUCAGGUUACUUUGUGUAAGAAUCAUUGGUUAUUGACACAACAUUACUUUAAAUUGAAAUUUAAUCCAUUUUUUAUGACUAUUAUUUGAUGCUGAACAUGUAUAAACUGUGAUACACCUCUAAAAUACCCCUAGGUGAAAUGUCUCUGUUUCAAAAAAUGGACAUAGGCAGACUUGAAAACAGCACAGUGUCCAGCACCAUAUUGUAUAAAUCGUCCAUGCUAUGUGGCUGUGUUUGGUAAAUAUUCCAAGCAAGUGGGGCUGUGAAACCCAGAUGUCUCCAAGAAUUCGCCCUCUACAGUUUCCAGUCAUCUGGUAAUGCACUUGGUGCCUCUGCUAAUCCCCAUCACAACUGUUACCUGUUAUCUAUGCCUGUCACUGUUAAAAGCAUGCUUAACAUAUUCACAUUUUGCCACUCUUUUAACUCCUUAGUCACGGUAUUAAAGGCUCGAACGAUGAUUAACAGCUGAGUUAAAUGUACUUUAGGCACGGUCAUAAAUUAAGUUGAUUAACAUGCACAUGAGGCUGACAGUUCACUUUGUGUGGUCUGAAAGGGAAUAAAGGGUUAGCAAUGAGUUUAUCCAUGAACUGGAUUCAGGAGUACUCUGUUGUCUUUUAGUCAGAAUGAGUCCUCAUGGCCCAGUUUUCAUCUGUGUGUGAGUGUGUGUGAGAUAUCAAGUGUGUGGGUUGUCAUGUGUGUGCAGGGGUUGAGUCGGUGGGUACAUACAGGAAAGCACAUGCACCACAUAUUUGCUCUCUUGUGUGCAUAUGCAUGCUCUGGUUGUUCCUCAAUAGGGCCCCUGUUCCCUAACUCUCAUCCUUUUUGUCCUCACCCAGUGACACUUGGCCAUAUAAUUACUCUGAACCAGCUCACAGCAGACCUAUUUACAACCACAUAAAAGAGCGAUCCAGCGCAGGAGUUUGAAACAAGACGACACUCAGGUUCUAUCAUGCCUUUUUUCCAUUUUAGCUGAAUACAGUAACUCAAGAUAAUCCGGUAAAUUCUACCUGAAUGCUCACGAACUCUGACUUGACAUGUUGCAAGACAAAAGUGACUUUUUUUCAAAUGAGAUAUCGCUGGCUUUGUUAACCUGCUGUGGAAUGCGCUAGACUCGAGCUUUUUGUGGAGCAGACUUGGAUUUAAUUCUCUGUUUUACUCAUUUUUCCUCUGUGAGCGCUCUGUGUGCUCUGCCGAGGACAGAGUACCAUACUUUCCUCCUUGCCCCUCUCAGUUCAUAGCUUGGCCUUUUGUUACAGAGCAGCUUUAGAUCCUGAACCAGCCCACUGUCUCAAUGCCCUCUCUGAAAGGCCUCUGUCCUCUUUUUUUUUCAGUUUCAGCCCAAGACCAGUCUGGCUGUAUACAUUUCCUGUCCGGUGUCCAGCCCAGACCUAGAUCCCAUCCUCUGAACAAGCUGCAUGCUUCUCAAUCCCCUCUCUGUUCUUCUCUGUUCACCCCGACCCAAUCCUGGGAAUCUUACAGAUCACUGGAACCAGCAAUUAAACCAGUAAACAGGUCAAAUACUCGCUCUUGCAUAGACUCACAGACCAGCAGGCCGCACGUGCGCACGUGUGCGUGUGGAUCUUAAGUAGAGCGUCAGCCAUACGGACUGAAAUACACUGUGUCUAUACUCUCAGGGACGGGUCCGAGCUAAUUCUUCUGCCUCCUGUCAGAAAAUUUAUGAGUGGAACUCUUUUGUCGUGUCUCACGGUAGACUCACUUCGCCUCGCCAUUUAGUUUGCUCGAUAAAACACACUGACAUCAAAAAAUACAAGCCAGUGUCUCAGAAAGAUUUAUCCCAACCAUCUGCUGUAAUAAACACAUCUGUCCGUGGAUACUGCAGAUUCAGACUGAGGCUACUGAAGACUCCUGUAAAAUGCUAAAGUGAUGCAAGGAAGUGGGUGUGUGUCUGUUUCUGUUUGUGUCAAUCAAACAAUAUUAAUAGACAUAUUUCUCUCCUGGAGUGAGAGAGAAAGAGUUCCUUUAACAGAUCAGAGAAAGCCCAAGUGUGUGGUGUGAAGUGUGAGCGGAGAACCGUCUGUGCUCUUGACUUUGCGUUCAUGUACAGCGUGAGUCCACUCAAGUGUUUGUGCUGUUUGCUCUGUUUUUUUUUGUUUGAACAUCAACCCGGUUGAACCAGUGAGCUUUGGAUUUGGAGCAUCUGAUUUGCAUGCAAAGCUAAAUUCAAAGCACGCAAAUGUCCCCCCCCCCCCCCCCACACACACACACACACACACACACACUUUUUAUUCUUGGGCGGCUCGAUAGGCUUUAAUUAAGGAUGAUGCAAAACUGAAACAUUUCCAAGUAAGAUUCUUAAAGGUCCCCUCUUGAUGUAAAGUGUGAAGAAAACACUGAGCUGCUGAUGGGUCUCCUGACUUUUUUUCGAGGGAAACCAAGCACGAGGUUCUUUACACACAAGGGUUGUUUGCAUGGGUGUAAUUGUAUCUGUCUGCUGAAUGUGUGUGCUUGUACAAAUCUGAUGGAAGCACCAGCCUAUGAGUGCCUUUUUGUGUCGCACUUACGAGUGUAAAUGUUGUGGCUGCGCGUGUGCUAAUUUUAGGUUUCUCCCUCUUUACAAGUGAACACUGAACACUGAACACAAGACCACUUCCCAGCAGUCAGCCUCUGACCCACACAGUCUACUUUUGUUUUAUGGAGCCAUGCGUACCCACAUAUGCUCACAUUGGCUUUCACACGGUUGUUAAGAGCUUUUACACAGAUAGUUGCCUCUGUUUAGGGCUGGGCGAUAUGGCCUCAAAUCAAUAUAUCCCUAACUCUAUCAGUUAAAUUUUCAGUUUAUCGCCCAGCCCUAUUCUGUCGGUAGCUGCAUCCUGAAAAAUAAGUGUCUGAAAACUUAGAUUUUUUUUUUCUUUUUUAAUCUAAAAAGAUAACUUCUUAUGAACUUUACUUACUUCACUUUUAUUUUCUACACUUUGUCUCCUUGUCCUCCUCUUCUUCGUGUGUACAACCUUACCUCCUGUGUGUGUCCAGGCUGUCGAGGCCAGGUGUAUACACAGCCGGUCUGUGACAGCAGCACCCAACCAUUUCUGCUCCCCUCAAGGACAGAGAGAAAAGGUGAAAACAGAGGGAUCUAGGUGUUUUUUGUUUUUGGUUUACAGUAACAGAAAUAAAAAGGCAGAUUUUUGUGCUUUAAUUCUGUGAUUUAUUUGAUGUUUUUUUACUUAAAAAUGAAGCCAAACAGUGACUCAUCUGCUGAGAAUCACACAGAUGCAAGUGUGCACAGUGGGAUAUUUUCAUCAGCUUGUUGCUGUGUGACUUGGCAGGUGAGCCAUCUGCUGCAGCAUGAGCUGUAAAGGUGAUAUUGGAUGAAGUGGUUCCUCAUUAAGUCCUCCCACAACGAGAAAAGGAUCAGGUGAAAUUAAAGGUGCACAACUACAUUUGACUGGUAUGUCUAUAUGUCAUCAUUUUGAGCCAAAGUUCACAGCUGCGUUUAAAACUUUAGUGUAUAAUCGCGCUGUCCUCUGGAGAGAUUUAUUAGGUAUGACUUUAUCAUUGAGUGUGUGCCAUAAUACAGCCAUUGUAAUGGUUAAUAGAUGAGGAAAUAAUGCUUAAGCCACGACCAUUCGAGUUACUCAAACAGCGGGUCGACUCAGUGGGCUCUCUGAGUCUGGAUUGUUCCCCAUCAUCCCAGAGACACUUCAUAAAACACUCCGAAUGAAUGAUGUGUUUGUGUGGAGGGCUAGUGUUUGUGCGUGGGCGGGCGAGUGGAAAGAAGUGGGGUGGAGAAUGUCCCUUUACUUAUUCUUUGACAGCACAGGGAGCUCAUGCACACACUCACACAUGUAUGUGCAUGCAGAGGCUCUGUCUCUCUCUCUCUCUCUCUCACACGCACACGCACAUAUGCACACAGUAGACGUAAUCUGGUGGUCAUUACUGCAAACAAGGCAGUGUUGUGUUGUACUGACAAACAGUUCAGUCUCUGCAGUGUCGGUCUGGUUUGAAUUAUCAGCAGUAUCUCUAGGACCAAAGGCCUCUCAGCCUGUCUCCCUGCAGGGGAAGUGGAGGUCACAGGCACACUCACGGCAUAAGUGGAGAGGGUGAGGAGCAGAAGGCUGCAGACACUUGCAUGGCUUUGAGUCAUCGCUAGGUGAAUCUUAAACCUGAUCAUCAUUGCAGUCGGGUCUGUGAAUUAGACAACGAAGUGCUCUCUUGAACUAGAUAUUGUGAUUUUGUCCUGUUAGAUUAAGCACCGAUGAAGUGGAUGCUCUUCCAACAUCUGCUAAAUGUUCACUUCCUUUGAAGUUUAGCUUUCAGUUGUUUAAGAACAAAUAUUUUUUCCUUAUCACUUUAAUGCUAGGUUAGACUGAAGCCUGAUGUUGCAAGAGAAAUGUUCCAACCAUCUAUUUAAAUUUCAUCAGCUUUAUGUACUUAAUCUUAACUGUCAGAUAGACCAAGACAAAUAUUGACGCUGCCCUUUUUGAAUAACCUCACCUUUAAUCACACCAUCUUCUCUUGUGUUUCCAUUGCAUCAGGUGAGCAUCCUCACUGCUUCAACUGAAUCGCUGGUUUAAAUUUUGCAUGUGUGUAUGAUCUUGAAUUGGCAGACAGUAACUGGCAUGCCAUGUAGAGGUGAGAAUCACUAGUGGCUCCACUAUACAGUAUUAUCACUUUACGUAGGCCACAAUACAAUAUUAUUCUGAUUUUUAACAUUUUGCAAUAAAAUGAGUAUUGCGAUUUUUUUUAAAAGCAUUUUUUCAACUGUUUAGCUAAUUAAGCAUUUGGAUUUCCUUAAUGUUUGUCUUAUUCACGAUGAAUUUUAUUUUCAUGUAGCACAUUUUGGAAACCUUAUAUAUGUGUUUGUUGUACCAACUUUUUCUAUGAUGUCACCUCUGCCAACCUCACUGGACAAAGAAUUGAAUUUCUUUUUCCAUUAUCAUAGAUUUGACUUCAUAUUAGCAAUUACUUUGAAAAAUCAAUACUUGGUAAUUGAGACAGUAGGAUAUAUCACCAGACAAAAUAUUGCGAUACUGUGCUGUAUCAAUUUUUUUCUCCCACCUUUAAUGUCGUGCAUAUUUGACGGCACAACAACCCAGCUUUGAUGGUCAUGAGCUUUGAUUUUUUUAAGUAGCCAUUCAUUUAUGCAGAACAAAAGAGUGAACGUUAUCAUGCCUUAGAGGUUUAUAUUUCUGUGAUUUCAGAUUUCAGUAGGGUGCUCACACACACAGUGUGUACAGUGGCUGUAGUGCAUCUGCCACAAUUAACUGACAGAAGAAGAUGAAUAUUUACUGCAUGAAAUAAUGAAAUACAAAAAAAACAAAACAAAGAAAUAUAGGCUCAGCACUGUGAGAGUUGGAGCCUGUGUAUGUCACUCUGUGUGGGUGUACCAGAGAAUACCUUUCACACCUCGCCUUAAGGACUAUAGGAAGGAUAACACGGACUCAUUACUGCUGCAUGUGCACACACCCAUCAUCCACAAAACAUCAUGGCAUCUGAAUACUUAUCUGCACAGUAGCUUCCAAGUUAAUCUCUUUUCUAAGCCCCCUUUUGGCAUUUUUGACUGACUAGACUCGUCUCAUACUACGGGCAUGUGCCCACAAGAUCUCAACUCUGAUUUUUAGAAAGUCUCCUCCACCCUCUCUUCUUGAAUGACCUGUUUUCCUGCAGUGAUUUACACAUUCAUGUUGUAACAGAGUUUUCAAUCUCCGGAUUUCUUUAAAAGUCAUGCUGUUUUUUGUCUACAUAGUGUAAGUGUUAUUUAUACCUCAAACAUGACUGUUAUAGCUCCACCAUGCUCAGGAUCAUGUGAAGAAUUUCAGAUUAGCAGCUCAAGCUGAAAGUAAGAGUAAUGAAGGUGACUUUGGCUGGGGUGUUUGUUAUGUAUUAAGGAUAAACGUGACUCAGACCUGUGCCUCAGACCUUUGGUUGUUUUGCUGUUGCAUUAGAUAUGACCCUCUGUCCCCUUCAACGCAAAUGAUUAACUGGGACAUCAGACUUUUAGCACAUCCUAACCAAAUAUUAUGUCAUUCUGGUCCAAACUGUUCACAAAAAGUGUCCCUCCAGUUCAAUGUACUGUUACGAUGAAAAAGUCUGUUAUGACAGUUUAAAAAAAAGUCAGCUGCACUGUGAUGAAGAUUUUUAAAACGCCUUUUUUCUCUCAUCUGUAAGAUCAAAAAGGAUUUCAUUAGAUGAGGGGAUCAUGUUAAACCUCAACCAUUUCCGCCUGGUUACCUUUUACAUUAAAAUUUGGGUAACACUUCAUGAUAACUAUCCGGUAUACCUAGUUAAUAGAUCAUUAGUAAACUGUUAAUUAAUAAGUUAUGCAUGACUUGUUAAGUGUUUGUUAACAGUUUGUUAAGGAUUUAUAAUGAUGCCUAAUAGAUAGUUAAUAUAGCAUUAAUAAACUGUUAGUUAAUGAGUUAUAUAUGACUUGUUAACUGUAUGUAAAUGAUUUAUAACUAUACCUUAUAAAUUAGUAAUAUAUCAUGAACAAUCUAUUGGUAAAUCACUGACUAAUAACUUGUUAAAUAUCAGUUGAUAGUUUAUAUAUGUUAUUGGGAUGUUAUUCCAAAGUUGCAACUAUUCCUCAUUUAUUAACAGUUAAUAAAUGAUGAAUAGUUUCUUAGAAUAGCGUCCCAAUAAUAUAUAUAAACUGACACUUAACAAGUCAUUAGUAAGUAGUUUACUUAAAGCUUGUUCGUGAUCUAUUACUUAUUUAUAAGGUAUAGUUAUAAAUCAUUAACAAACAGUUAACAAGUCAUUUAUAACUCAUUAACUAACCGUUUAUGAUAUAGUAACUGCAUAAGGCAUCAUUAUAAAUCCUUAACAAACUGGUAACAAACACUUAACAAGUCAUACAUAACUUAUUAAUUAACAGUUCACUAAUGAUCUAUUAACCAGUUAUAAUGGAUAGUUAUUAUAAAGUGUUGCCAAAUAGAGAAUACGUAUUGAAUUUUCCUGGUUGUUCAAAAGUCUCAAUUCUGCCAUCAUAAAACCAAAGCCUUCAAACUUGAAUGGGACAUACAGCAAUUUUAAAAAGUCUGUAAAGGUCGAUGUAGAAAAAAAAUGUUCUGGCUGUGGAUGUGGAUGUGGUCUAAGCUCUCCAUACCACAAACAAGGAUGGCAACAUCCAAAAACAAAAAGCACUGAAUCCAGUUCAUGGAUAGAGGUCCUAAUAAAUCCUUUCGGUCUAUCUGUCUGUGGAAUGUGUGUCAGACCAGAAAGGGAGAUUAGAGAAAAAGUGGGGCACCAGAGCCCGGAAAGAGCAGGAGUGGGCUCUGGGGUAAUCUAGUAUCUCUCUUGUUGGCGCGUUCUCUAUCUGUAGUUCUGUGUUUCUCUCUCAACAUUUCUCCCUCUCUUUUUCUGGUUAUGUGAUGAUUCUCCUAAACCCUUAUCUUUGGGGGUUUCACGUGGUUUGAUGAUGGGAGUGGACUUCAGACCAUGAUGCUCUCUGUAGGCUUUUAGUAGAUGAAGCUCCCUAUUUCAUCACCAUAAAUCCUUUUUUUGUUUUUGUGUUGAAGCUUUUACAUUUUUUUUUAAUCUGUGAUGUGAAAAUGCCCUCUUGCUGUAAAUUUGAUCUCUUAUGAAAAGCCUGUUUAUUUGUUCUGUACUUUUAUUGUUAAAUGUUGAUAAAGUAUUUUGACUCAACGCUGCACUGGGAAACCUGUCUAACUCUUCAGUCAAUGGAGGUGGUGUUCAAAUGCUAUAUUUCCAUCAUGUGUUUUCCCAUGGGACUCCUCUCUGAGCACUUAUUUUUGUCUUGACUUUGACCGCCCACUGAACUUGCCGACUUCUUACUGACUGGAUUAACUCAGUCACCGUGUUAACACUAUGGUACUACAUUCACAGAAACAUCACAGACAUGGGGCAGAAGACUUAAGCCCGUACAAAAAAAGGCGACCAAAAUCUACAGAGCGCAAGAGAAUUGAGGCCAGGAUGGAGAGAGAACUAGAUCAGAGCCAGAGCAGCUUAAAAGAAGAAAUCAAAGGAGUACAGUAAAAUUAAGGGGAGGGGGAGAUGAAAAUCUAUCAUGACCUACAUUUGUAUGUUAAUCUGCAGCCCAAGCCAACAUGUGCAGUUAUGACAUAGCAGUGUAAGACUUCAGGGAGCCAGUUAUCAUAAAUUAGCAUGUCAAAUCUGCCCAGAGACAGUUUGCUCGAUUCGGUGUUUCCGUCAAGAGGCCGCCCUCUCACUUCUCUCUCAUCCCAAUCUUGUAAACUCUCAAAUUCAGUCUUAUUUGUUGAAUUGGGGGGCCCAUAUCUCUCAUAAGCCUCAUCUACUCUUUGGGUUUGUGGAUUUUUUUUGCUACCAGUGUGGUCCUCUGAAAGUGAAACACCUGCUCAGAUGGACUGAGGUCAGGGCACUCAAGGAAAUUCCACUGUUUGGCCAUAAAACUCCCCUUGUUUGCAUAAGCUGUGUGUCCAGAAUGUGUGUCCCUCUGCCUUGUCCUGAAACUCAGGGUCAUUAUAUACUGUAUAGAAGGGCUUCAAGGUCUCAUGCUAUUAAAGUAAUGUGCAGCAAUUGUGCAUAAACAACGUAACUACAGAGCAUAAAACAGAGUGUGUCAGUAAAGGAUGGCGGCGCUUUGCAGACAACAGCAAUGUCCUCUUGCUAUCUUAAUUGGUUCCCAUUCCUCGCCUGAGUGUCCCUUCAAACCGCAGUGCAGGAAGUCAGGAACAGUGAAAGAAGAGUGAGUACAAAAGUAGAGGUGAGAGGAAGAGACACACACACACACACACACACAUCUGUCAGCUAUCUUUUCUUAUUUAUCUGCGGCCUCAAGACCUUUUUAGCAUUCAGGCUAGAGAACCACACAGAAGUGACAUGUUGUUCCUCUCAAACACUCCUCUGGGUCAUCUGUGCGCCCUCAUCUGCUCAUUACCUCUUUGGAUGCCAGACCCCGGGCAGAAGUUCAGUAGUUUACCCCUUUUUUUUCCACCGUGCUAUUCUUCCCUUAUCUUCCACUCUAUUUCACACAUCUUUUUUUUCCCCCUAGUAAGCACGAUAACACGGUAAUUAUGCCCGAUUGUUGUUCAUUAACAGUCAAACUGCAGCUCUACGCUGGCACACUGACACACUUAUCUGUUACCAGCCUCUACCCCGCUCUGCCCUAAUCUUAGAGGGUGGUUUUAAAGUACUCACUUUAACCCUGAAUGAGGGUGAAAAUGAAUGAAUGAGGAAGUAGAACAAGAGAUGAAAACUGACCAAGAUAAUCGAAGAAAGAGGAAAAGAGGGAAGAGGGCAGAUACAAGAAGAGAGCGAUGGAAGCAGAGAGGGGUGAUGGGAGUCCCAUGCAUUGCUAUUCAAGGUGCAUUUCACUGCAUUGCAGUGGCACACUGACACACAUUCAGUGAUCUCUCUUUGGUUCUUUUGCAAUAAAAGCAUGUACAGUAGAUAUCUUUGUAAAAUACCAUUGACUGUUACCACUACAUAGCUGGCCCAGUGCCAUGAUGACGAAUAUUGUCACGAAGCGACACACCCAGCUGUCAGUCGCUGCUACCUGCGCACGUACUGCACAUGUCAUCCUGCAGGUGCGUCAUUUGACUGUGAUGCAAACCAUUUACAAACAGUUGAUCCACCCUUCCUCUGUCUCUUCUUAUCUCUCCUGAGUUAGCAGGUUGUAAAAUUUGACUAGUUUAUAGUUCAGUGUCCUCAUCAUUUCCUAUCCUCUGUCUCCUCCUCUGCCCUCUGCUCGUCUGUACCUCUCCUCUCUGUCCUCCUACGCCUCCUCCCCCUGUCCCUCAGUGACAGCUGCUGGGAGAUGUAGUCAGAGCGUCCAGAGUUUUUAUUUUAGUGUGUCAGCGCUGGUCACACUGCAGCAGGUGUGUGUGUGUCUGUGUUGCCCACACUUUUUUGAGUGUUGGUGCCCCCGACAGGCUAGACCUGCUGGCUUUGAGGGCGUGAGUGUGUGUGUGUGGGUGGAGAGUCAAGCUGACUUCCUGUCAGCAUCUAUUGAUGAAUGAAGGGAGGGGUUUGGUUCCCAUGAAGGCAAGUUCAGCUCUAAGGGUAGAGUAUUAUAAGUCCUUUACGUCACAGACUGUGUCGUUUACCACCUGAGCAUCCUUUCACACAGUACACGUGAUGAGUUUGGAUGAUGAAGUGACACCAGUUUUUUACUCUGUCAUUUUGACUCAUUCUAUCCUGCAGUCAUUAACCCAGUAAAACACACACACCCAAACAUGCAAAUCACCACCAAGUUUAUUGACUCUGAAGAAAUAUAAUUGUAAGGGUUACCGUGACUACCAGAUGGAUGCAGGAUAUAAAUCGAUGAAUGAAAUGCUAUCCUGAAUCUGUGCUCUGUGGGUGGCUCCAUCUGGGCAUGCCAACUGCUCAGCAAGGUGUUUGCGCGCGCGUGUGCAUGCGUGUGUGUGUGUGUGUGUGUGUGUGUGUAAUCAUAUUUCUGUCAGUAUGUGAUAUGUUCUCGAUGACAUAUGAUACAAGUAGACAGUAAAAGUCAGUUGAAACAGAACAGCAACAUUUGUUGCAGUUUAUUGACCAAAAAUAGUGACUGUUAAGCAGUAACAUGUUGCUGUUUAAACAUACUUUUCAGUCAACCUGCUGAAAAAAGUUGCCACAUGUGAACAACAAAGCCUGAUAAACUCAGGUUACAGACUGAUGUAUUGUGUAACUUGCUGUAUUAGCCAAAGGCAAAAAUGUGAGCCUCUUCAGAUAACUGCUCCAUGGCACAAAGUCAAAGGGAGUGUACCAACAUGUUGACUAUCAUCAUUUUAGAGAUAUGAGGAUUUGCAGCUUUGUUCUUUGGAAAGCCAACAUGAAGAAGAUUGAUUUUAGACAGUUUAGAGCAGAUAUAGCCUUUAUGUUCGACUCAGGCUCUCUAAUUAGCAGGUGAGCAUCUCCCCUACCUCUGUCCAGCUGGUUGAAUGUGUGUGUGUGUGUGUGUGUGUGUGUGUGUGUGUGUGUGUGUGUGUGUGUGUGUGUGUGUGUGUGUGUGUGGGUGUGUAUCCAGCUGUAUGGUCUCCACUCUCUUAUCAGUGUAACCACUGGCCCAUAGUUAAUGGCGACCAUCUGGUGCCCAUACAGAGCUGGUUUCAACUAGCAGGCCUCUCUGGUUUUUAUGAGAAGAACUCAGCGGCCAAAUAACUUUGUCUUUCUUCACUUUUCCUUCUACCCUGUUGCUUUCUCCUGCUUAUCCUUCUCCUCUCUCCUUUCAUAUCAGCUUUCCUUCCAUUCUCUGAUGACAAGCUGAGAUCUGUGUUAGGAGGCAGACUGACUUAGUGUGUACCACAUGUUCUUUAGAGGGUUUAACAGAAAUAAACCAAUGCGCCUAAGUAUCGAAUAGAGAAACACAGGAGGUAUCAUAGCACCAGAAUCCUUCUUGUAUGGAUGGUUGGCAUUUUUGGCAGCAUAGAGCAGGCUGAAAAAAAUAAAGUCCAAAUCCAGUCACAAUUCAUUGGUUAGACUGUCUGAAGCCUUUAAGGGAACUAUUUAGUAGAGCUGUGAUCAACCAAAGAAAUUCUUGGUCGACCAAAACCCUGAAAUUUUGGACCCAAAAAUCGACUAAUCAUGGGGGCAGGGGGUGGGUUGAUAAUAUACUGAUAUCAGCACAAGAAGGCAACUAAACACAAAAGGCUUAAAUAUAAAUAUUCAGUAAACCACUGGACAUCUUUCUUCUUCUUCUUUUUCUGUUUUACAGCAGUUGGCACCUAGUGUUAAGGUGCAUUAUUGUCACCUACUAUACUAGAGUAUGGACCAGAGUUAUCUAACCCCAGAGAAUAAGCAAAUAAACAAGCAAACCAAUAAAUAAAAUAUAACUUUAAUAUUUUCAAAAUGGUGAAAGCAAGGGGGUGUUCUGGGACAUGCUGUUACCUGUGAAACGGGGGUGCUCUAAAAACACCCUCAUUAGCACUUGGUACGUUCUUCCUGAAUAAAUUAACCAUAGACUGUAAAUUGACGUGAAAAAAAAUCAAGAGUGACCGAUCAGAAUUUUGGUCAACUCAGCACGAAUCGACCAAUAAGUCGACCAGAGGACUAGGACUUUACAGCUGACUAUUUAGAGAUCUUACUGUGGGUCGGCCCAAAACACAAAGCAGUCACUCUUUGGGACUUGAGUAAAUGCACUUAUGUGUCUCGCUAUAAAAGCCUCACCUCAGUGUAAGAGCUUCUCUGAAAGCCACUUAAACGGAGUGCUUUUAAGCCUUAUGUAUCUAAUACAUUAAUACAUCCCACUGCAAUCUACAGCGCUUUCAAAGUGCCUAAUGCUUUCCUAUAGACUGCAUCAACACACAGACAGACACACGUCUGCGUCAGCACAGUGUGACAUUCCAGAGAACAAUCUGGAAGGAGGCUGAGGACGCCGACAGACUUGGCAGCUCUGCAUGAAAUUGCCAUACUUGCUCCCUCCCGCCUAUGCACACACACACAUACACAUACAUAGAGAGAGGGAGAGAAAUAUCACCUCUGUCACAAAUGUCCCUUGGGACUACCAAGACCCUCGUUCCCACGGACAGCCUUGAGGAAAUGCUUUUGAGGAAUAUACACCAGCUUUUCUUUACAGCCUUGUUUCUGUUGCAGGAAAUCCACUAACUUAGUGCUGUCUAAUUCAAGUGCUUACAUAAAUACUGUCCAAACUUCAGAUACACGUUAGCCAAUGCUGCCUAUACCUCCCCAUAUGUGUGUAUCAGUUCAGCCGUAUUUUUAUACUGAUUAACCAAAGAGCUUCAAGUGUCUUUGUGUGUGUUUUUCGUCUGGUUAAGUGUCACUAGUGCAUGGAUAAUUACAGCCCUCCAAAACAGCCGUGUCGCACAGCAGCUAUUUCUACUGACAGCCAGCUAUGCCACUCACACACACACACUUACACACACACACAUUUGCACAUGCACACAGCAGCGGUCUGGUCUUAGAGUAAGGCAAUUGAAGCCUGCUUUCUUGUGUGUGUGUGGUAAAAAGUGGAGCAGCCAAAGCAGCUAUUUCUAUCCCGGGGUCACUCGGUGCCAGACAGAGUCAAUGAUACGUGUUAGCAGCCACUUUAUCCUGAGAGCAACAAAACAAGUGUCUGCAAAAGGAGCGGGUCAGUCUGAUAUCAUCUUUGGUUAGCCUGCUAGCUCUUCACACAUGCUGUACAAGAGAUUGUUACUACUGAUACAUCCACAGUUAACAUGUCGUGUGUAGUAUUUCUAUAUCAUACUAUCAAAGUGGCUCAAUCGUGGUUUCUGUUCCUCUGGUGUGUAGACUGUGUGUGAAUUUCCUUGAGAGAAAAAGCGCAAAUAGCUGGAGUUAGAUCGGUAUUUCACACCAACUUCGACACACCUUCGCUUCAAGCUCAGAGAUGAUUUUUUGGUUUUCUAAAAUUCCUAGUUCUGGAUCCAAGAGUGUGGGUUGGGUGUUGGCAAAAAUAUAACCAUCUGAAACCAAACUCUCUCUUUGACAGCACAGACUAGAAGCCUGCUGCAGAAGCUUUCUCUUCAAAAGAAAAAGAAAAAAAGGAGUUUUAUGAGCUAUCUGUUUUCCCUCUUUUUUGGCUCUGCGGCCUCUCUGUGGCACCGUGGCAUCUAUCCGCCACACCCUCUGCAAAAACAAGCGCUCAUAGUGAGGGAGAGGAGGGCAGAUGGAUGGAUGGAUGGAUAGGAUGACUAAACAAGUCAACACAGGAAUGAAUGAGCAUUGUGGUGUUGUACUACAACUACAGAAAGGUCUCUUACAGCAAGUUGUAGCCACACCCUCUGCAACAACAAGCACACACAGUGAAGCAGGAAGGGAUGAAUGAAAGGGACAGGGGGGGAAACUUUAAGGUCAUGAUGGGCUUAAAGGGACAGGGAUCGAAGUUUACACUGUCGGGUGAUGAUGGAGAGUUGUUGUUAAGCAGUGAAGAGCGCAGCGGUGUCUCCAUGGAUGCAGACUGUCAGACAAACCUGUUCUUAGACUAACUAACUGUGUGUUGAUCUGUGUGAUGUGCAAUCACACUGAAGGGUUUUAGGUCAGUGUGGCAGUCAAACAAAAACACCCUGAAAACACAGAGGCGAAGAGAUCACAGGCUCGCCGCCUCCGCAGCGCCCUGACCUAACACAAAAUAUCAGUUUUAAAGGGAGGGCUGCCUGUUGCAUUUGCAUUGGUUGAACAAAAAAGGGGUCAAAUAUGAUGUGUCUGAAUUAACAUGAGUGUGUGUGUGUGUGAGAGAGAGAGAAAAAGGGGGGUGGGAUCUGAUUAUAAGUGGGUGUGAGUGAGUGACAGGUCUGUGUGUGUGUCUCUGCAUGAAGCAAGGACUGAGCUGACAGCAGAAUAGCUUGCUCUGUUGGAGGGGGUUCACACUUCACAUCAGAUCAUCACAGCCAAACUGUCUAACACACACACACACACACACACACUGAGAUUUGUGCACACCUAAACAGUGAGUACCCCUCUGUUAGUGAAGCACCGAGCAUGUCACAAGAAGUCAACAAAGUUUCAUACAAGAUCCCACCCCCCCCAACAUCCUCCCCCCUCACACACACACACACACACACACACACACACACACACACACUUAGAGAAGUGCCUGAACCCCACAGAGAAGCCAGCUAGUCAUACUGAGCAGCCACACAAUAGUCGUGUCAGUCACUGUCAGGUCUCUGCUUAGCUGUCAGCCUGAGGCCGUCAGUGGACAGCUAGUUAGCCUGUGUGAAGGAAACCCACACUAGCCUCAGGCGCGAUUAUUAGACUCCAGCUCCAACUCCCCAUCACUCCUUUUGACCCGAAUCUGUGUGCAAUUCGUAUGUCAGUGUUUCCUGCUGAUUCCCACAGUUCUCAGACACAGUGGGGUCAGCAAGUGUGUGUGUCGUACAUGUGACCACAGCCACUACUUUUUUUCUACAGCUUGACCACGAUUAUUCUUCCCUAUAAAUCCUGAUAGUCUUUGAUCGUUUUUGAUGAAAUGCAUGGAAGAAGUUUGUUUUAAUAAACGAGCAGAUUGUAUUUGCAAUUAUCACAAUUCAAACUGGAGCAUGUCUUAAUUUCCUCCUUUUUUGUGUUUUUUUUGUCUUUCAGGUGGGACCAGGGAUAUCGGAUCAGCGCUGACUCGGAUGUGCAUGAGACAUCGCAGCAUAGAAGCUAAACUUAAACAGUUCUCAAUGUAAGCAACAUUAAACAUGGUGUUUUUUUGUUUUUUCCUUUCUUUGCUUGGGCUCAAACUACUGUUGAUGUUUACAGAAAACAGGACCUGAUAUAAUAUAUUGCUUCUGUAAUUUUGGUGAGUGCUUGGCUUGGAUAUAGGAGGGAUUGGGUUGAGCAGGGAUUUCGUUGGAGUUACUACGCCUCAAAGCCUCUUCAACGUGGUUUGGCUGAGCUAAAAAGAAAACACUGUGUCCCAACAAAACCUUCUAUUCAACAUUGACUCAAGCUGCCAACUCCAGAUGAUAACAAACUGACUUUGACUUUUUGACUUCUGGUACAAUACCAAUAUUGUAGCCUUCAAUAUUGAUCAAUACCAGAUUGAUCUGAUAUUGUGCAAAAUUGUGCAUAAUAAGUUUUUCACUCAGCUGCAAUGUCUUUUUCGGACUUAAACAAAGAAUACUGCCACAAAGCCAACAUCACUAUUACCUUUGUACACACUGUUGUUGUGAUUUUGUGUGUUCAGCUUGCUGGAUCAGGGCGCUGCUAGAUAGAGGUGCCGGAGCGGAGUCUGGGAUGGUCUGCUUGUAUCGGAGUGCUGAUAUCGGAGAUUUUAGAUGCAGGCCGAUAUAAUCUGAUAUUUGUUUUUUGCUGAUAUCGGACCAAUAUCCGAUAUCAAUAUCGUAUUAGGACAACCCUACUUUUGAAACAAAGAUAAAACAUAAACAUCCGGUGUGUUUUCUUUCCCCCAUUUGGUUUACAGUGUUUCUUACACACAUUGUAGUUAGCGUAGUUAAAUCCCUACUGUUUCCCUCAGCAGUCGAAACUUCAUUUCAGUCGUUUUUAUCUGAGUGUGAUCUCACCACGUCUUGAUAUUUUGUGUGGGUGUGAGUGAGAAUGCCCCUUGUUGUGGAAUGUUGGGAAAGAGACGAUUUGUCUGGCAACACAAGCAUCUAUAAUGUUUCAGCGUCGUCAACACACCACAUCCCUCUCUGUGUGUCUGUCUCUCUCUUUUCAUCACGCACACACACACACCCUCUACGCAGACAAGGGGCUCUCUAAUUUCGUGUGGCAUUUCAGUACAGAUUCCUCUUGGAUCUCCAUAGCAGGGGCUGGACACAGGGGGGCUUUGGCCACCACCCACACACCCACCCACUGAUACACACUCUGGAGAAACGUCUGCAAGAGGGAGAAGUCUAAAUUUAGUUGCAUGCACUAAGCCUGCAGCUGCCUUGGUCUCAUACUCACAGCCUCUUUAACACCCUCACAAAUACAAGACGGGCACAGUUGGGUAAUGAUUGACAGACAUGACUGCACAAGCUUCUUACUUCCUCCUGUGGCCCACAGUCAGACAUAAGCAAUCCUCCAUCGCCUCACAGUCACUGUUUUUCUCCCCUCCUCUCUCCUGGUUAAUGAUUGACAAAGAAGACUACACAGUGUGAGACAGAGAGUCCAGACAGACCUAAUUAUUCUUAUGUCUGUGUUUUAUAAUCAAGUGACAGAUAUACUGACAUAUCCUGCUGGGUAGGUUUGUAAAACAUGAACUCAGAUGGCCAAAUUUGUUGGCUUGUACUUUACAUGGUCUCUACUAGGGCUGGGCAAUAAACCAAAAAUUUACUGAUACUGCAAUUUACGACAAUAACCAACGUCAUUUUGCCCAUGUCAGUAUAUUCGGUGUCAAAAAAUAAAAUAAAAGUCGGUUUUGGAUGUGUGUAAGUAGGCUAUGGUCUCAUGUCCCUUUAUCAAAAGUUGUAGUGGCUGGAGCGGCGGCUGAAGUAGAUGAAGUUAAUGUGGGAGGGGGUGAGCAGCUUGUGGAGUAGUUAUCAUCCAUUUAUCGUUAUCAAGGUGAACUGCUCAAUAUAUCCUGAUAUUGAUUUGAGGCCAUAGCGUCCAGCCCUAGUCUCUUCUCUUAGUGCAUAGAUUCUGUUUUUUGUGAUUUGAAGACAAACAUUUGAUUACAUUUAUGAAAAACUUGAGCUGUCACUCACAAAAAUGUAAACUUGCGAUGACAGUCAAGUUAUUCUGCUGUCAUUUACAGGGGCUUCCUGGAGGGUCUGAUCAACCCUCUGCAAGAACAGAUGGAGGACUGGAAAAGAGGGGUGAACACUCUGGACAAGGACCACGCUAAAGGUGAGAUAAACAAGUCUAGUCACAAAGUAUUUAUUGACAUCAGGGUAUAACUCAAACAGUUAAAAGAAAUGAAAAUAACAGCUCUCCAAUAACAUUAUUUCAUCAUGCUGUAUGUUUAAAUCUAUUCAUGACUUCGAGCAUAGGAUAAAAUUUAAGGUGUCACACUGUCUUUUUCCUUCUUUAAUCCGAGAAUAUAAAAACUGUAUGUUUACACUUUCUGUCUGUUUCAUCCUCUCCACCUGAACCAGAGUAUAAAAAAGCCCGGCAGGAAAUAAAGAAGAAGUCCUCAGACACACUGAAACUUCAAAAGAAAGCAAAGAAAGGUAAAAAAGUUCAUAACAAAUUAAACAAAGUUCUUUUUUUGUCCAAACACAAUGCUUGUGGGAAUUUUCCAGAAAUAUGCUUAGAAGUGCAGUUAGAGUCGAAGUUAUGGAGACAAAUCUUUUACUCAGACUCUUUUGUUCAGAAUUUGAAAAACAUACAAGUAGAGCCAAGCAUGAUAUGACCUCGCUUACUCUUUCCUGUGAAGACACAGUAUUGGGGUUAGAUAUCUGAUUACAUGGAGUAUUGUCUUGCUGGUGGUAAACUUUUUUUCUUUCACCCUGUGACUUUGUAACUACAAAAAACUAGCCAAGCGAUGCUUUGUGUCUGCUGUAACCUGCAGACCUACCUGUAAGAAAUGUGGUUUUUAUUGACAAUUGGAUCAACUGGCCAUCAUCCAUCUGGACCAAAGCUAAUCUAGUGAUGAAUUACUUUAAAGGAUUUGAUUAGUCUCACUUGAACAAGAUGUACUUGAGCUUGGAUUGUAAUUCAGUGUAUUGUGAUAAAUGCCUGAAGAAGACUUAAGAUUCCUAUCAUCGAGGAUUUAAGGAAUCACCUGAUUAUUGAAGUUAUAAAAGAAGGGUGCAGUCAUAAAAACAAGUCGUUGAAUAAGAUGCCGUCUUUGAUUUGGAGUGAAAAAAUCUCCUCGAACUGUGUAAAUAACAUCUUCAUAAGACAGCACGGACGUGUAUGAAAAGAGUUUGUCCUUGCUGAGAUGAGACUUGUGCAGAUCUAGCGAGGAUAAACAUUACCUUACUUGGUAAACACUCAGAGAGAGAAGGAGCUUUUUUUUUUUCCUGCUGCACUUCUCUUGGCUCAGUUUCUGCAUACGCAUUCACCCACCUAGAGAGAAAAAUAACAUACACAAAAGGGGAAUUAGGUAAAUAUGCUUACAGUGAUUUCUCAGAUGUUGAUCGGUACAUGUUGGAAUUACAACGCGAACAGAUGUCCGUGAGGAAAACACUUAAAGAGUCACUUUAAGAAAGAGGGUAUCUCGCCAAGUAUUCAGGGGUACAAAGUGUCACGCACUUGACUUCAUCUUAAAGCAUCAUUUUGGCCCUACAUGACGAUGUUAAAUAGACAUCCACAAACAGAAGACUGUACCUUUAGGUGAUAGAUUAGUGUUUAGUGCUGGCACCCCUUCAGUUGACUUGGAUCUCUUUCCUCCUCUUGUCCGCAUGUGUUUCGGAUACAUCCUUCUCCUUAUGCUGCACUGCAGCUGACACUCUAGGUAAGUCAGACUGUGGUUUAAACAUGCUGUCCAAGUUUUCUUUCAGUUAUUAAACUAAGCAUCUUGGUUGCAUUGUGUCAAAAUCAUUAUGAAAUCAUUGAUAUGGCCACUUUGGUUUUAAAUCUAUUGUUUAUGAUUCCACCAUUUUUUUUUCUGAUGCCCAGGGUGCAUCUCUUUUUUUUGUUUUAAAUACAGCCUCCUCUAUUUCUUUUUUCAGUCAUCUCUCAUUCACUGUCUACAGUUUGGGGAUGAAGCCUCAUACCGGUUCGAUCAUAAAGUGAUGAAGUGUUCUCAGGCAAACAGAAGUGUGCUGUAGGACUGAGCCAAGGCUCUGACCUACUUGUGGUCAAAAAAAAAAAAAAAAAGAACUACGACUUUCACACAACUGCAGAGUCAUGAUUGAAGUGGAGGCAUCAGUAGACCUGAAUUCCACAAGGUGUAUCCCUUUGUCCACAGGGGGCGCCAGAAGUAAAACAGACCAAAUCUUCCUUACAGGGGCUUUAACAUGAACUUUUUAGAAGUAUUGGUUAGAGGUGCACUGAUACAUUUUUCCUGAUCCAAUCUGAUACCAAUACCUGGGCUGAACAUAUCGGCCGAUAUCCAAUACCGAUCCAAUACUACUGUUGAAUGAAUGAACUGUAUACCUCACCCUGUGAGUGAAGGCAUCAGACUUGACAUUAGCCUUGUUAAAAAAAGGUAACAAAUUAACAAAGAUAUAAAUUUGGUUAAUAUUAUUUAUUAACAAAUAACAAAUUGCACAUUAGCACACAGCAAAAAGAAGACUGCCAUGUAAACAUUUAGUGCAGAAGGAUGGACAGACAUAGAAUAUAGAGCGAACAGAAUCGCUGUGUUGCUGCAUAUGAUAAAGGACAAAAAGACUGGAUCAGAACGCUGGAUCGAUGUCAUCCAUCAGAUAUCUGGUCCAGUUAAUUUGUCAACAUCGGAGUCGAUAUCCAAUCCAAACAUCGGAUCGGUGCAUCCCUAGUAAAGGGUGUUAGGGGUUUCUAGUAAAAGCAGCUUUUUCUCGAAAGAGUUAGUGACAGUGCAGAAUAACAACUUGUUGAUUUCCUUCUACUGUUUUGUCUUUCAGCCAUCUGUCAUUCCUCCUCUGGGGAUUUCCUCUGAGAUUAGCGCAGGGAAAACUUCAUCUAACUUUAUCACACUGCAUCUGGUUCACCAAGGUCGUCUUAGCUCAUUCGCCGCCUUGUCACAGGAGUACACUUGAACGUUCAGAGUCUAGGAGUAAGGCGGUUCUUCAAGUCAGGCAACUCUUACAAGAGCUCUCUACUUAGCCCCAGACAUAACACCUCUUCUGUCGACAUGUGUAUGUCUGAUGCUUAAUAUGGGUCUCGUGAGGGUGUUUUUCUGAACUGUGUCAUUAGCCUUGUUAAGAAACAGCCUGUGACUGCAAUCUUAAUGUAAUCAUCAGUCAUGUGAAAGCCGGAGCAGAUAAUCUCAUUUCUGUGUGUAUGCACAUGUAGAUCUACGUGUGUGCAGACCAUGCAGACACCUCCAGAUUAGUGUUGGCUUAGUUACUGGAUUUGUAGUGAGUUAAGUUUGGUAAAAUGAGAAUAUAAUACCAGCGGGUACAAUUUUAAUACAGUUUCUGUGUAUUAUAUAUGUGAGUCCCAAACUUCUUGGUAAAUGACAGACAGUACAAUACAGCCAAUUGUACAGCAAAGUAAAAGAAGAUUAUUUUAUUUGAAUAAAUCCAUGGAGUUUCCCUCUCUCACUCUCAUAAGAACUUCUCUUCUUGUAUCUUCAGCUGUUAGAAGUUAGUCAGCUCUUUAGCCAUCUGUUCACAUUAACAGAGCUGCCUAAUAAAGAGGAUAUUGGGUUUGGUAAGCCACUGUUUGGAGACAGAGGCUUUUACUCAGUUCAAAGUCUGAAACCCAGAGGACAUCCACUGUAAAUCACUGCUCAGUCAGCCGGGCGUACCAAUGAGACACUCAUGUUGUCAUUGCGACACAGAACUGUCUGCCUACAGUAUUUACUAUAAGCUCUAAUUAUCCAUUUAUCGAAUAUUGGAACAGCUUGCGAAAUACGUCUCAGGGUGGAUUUGUUUACUAUGCAGUUGGCGACCACUGAACUUUUGUGAACCCCAGUGUUUGUCUGUGGUUGAAACGGAGGAGGAAGUAGCAAUCAGGGCCUUGUCAUUCACAUAGUUGCUAAAGUCAUGGCACAGAAGUCAGGAAUGUGGACAGACUGAAGAACAGCCCACGGCAGAGAUGAUGUUUUAUUGUGACAGAGCAACCCCUCUGCUAACAUCUGUCACCACUAGGAUGUGCAUUCAUUGAUUAAAUUUGUGAAACCCCUCCAUCCCAGAUCCAUCAACGUUGGAUCUGCCUCAGGCUGCUUGAGUAAUGGUAAUGGAUUUUGGUUUACUUGGUUUCACAGAGGAGAUUAAAACUUCAUCAUAUAAUUGAAGCGUUUGAAACGAUAAGUUGUUUCUUUAUGAUUGGGUCACAUCUAACAGAAGUAAUGUGACAAUCCUGGUGACAUUUUUAAACUCAAGUCGAGGUUCUCAUGGGCAUGACCAAAACAGCAACAGAGAAAAUAUUUUGCUUUUCAUCAGUCGAAGACAAAGUACCUCAACUUACUGUAGCGCCUAUCCAAAACCAAUGUGGUCAGAAUGGAGAAACCCUCGUUUAACGGGAUGCCAGGAGACACCGCAGCAUAUCUGGCUUUAGGGAUUGGAAAAGCUACUUUUCGACUGCAAGGCCAGCGAAGACUUAGAGCUUGAGAUGUUUUUAUUCACAUAAAACAGAGUCAAGAAGAUUCGGAUGUGAGGAGAACAUUUUGGUUGAAGUUUUUCCCCACGGCAGGUGCUGAAGGUUCAAAACAUGAUUGAAAUGAAACGAAAUGGGAUCAUCAUUCUCGAGCUGUUUACUUCUCAUGAUUGACGCAGUUUGAAUUGUCAGCCCGGCUUACAGAUAAUUUCCUUCGCAAUAAGACUGAAUCAGACUAACUUUGCCUGAAGGGAUAUGAUUAUUACUGAAAUAAGUCCAGCAGUGGAAACCAGACUAAUGAGUGAGGCCCGUCUAGCCAUAUCAGGCUCAGUCGUUGAUUAAGCUCCCCGCUAAACCUUGUACAAUGUAACUGAACACUUGUCUGCUCAAAUGGUGCCCUUUUGAUAUAUAUGAGACUGAAAAUAUACACUGUAAUUUGGACUUUCCAGUCUUUAGUCCAUUUAGUCAUCAUUAUAGUCUCUAUAGUAAAAUAUAGGAGGAACCGCCAUAAACACACACAUAACUCACAUUCCUCUCAGUGUUAGAAACCAUGCUUGGUAAUGGAUUCCUUAUACGUGGAAACUUUUUUAACCUUCUUGUACUUUUCUUGUUCUCAGUUUAGAAACAUCCUCACAAGACAGUUUUAUUUUGUUACUUCAAAAAACUUCACCGUUCAACGCCGAAGCGAUACUUUAUUGAUGAAAACAUUCAGCCAUUUCUUAUUUAUGUGUCCGAGGAUGGAUGGUGAGUGAAUAACGACAGCAGACAUUUCCACGGGGUGCUUUGCCAGUCAAAGCAGCCAUUGUUUAUUGUCUCUUUAAUUGUGGUCUAGUCAACCAGCAGAAGAUAAAGCAGUGGAAACAAAGCUUCCCACAUGAUAUACAACUUGUAGAUUAUACUGCUAUAUCAUCCAGACAAGAGCUUAUGGAUUGUCUUCAACAUAACACACACAUCAUUAUUUUUCUGUUUGAAGUGAAGAUGAGGCGGCUGCAUAAAUAUCAGUGUUUCCUUUACACUUCUUUGCAUCGAGGGCCUCACAUGUAAGAAGACGCCAGUUUGUUAUCUUCGUUCACACACACAAGAGUAGACAGACAGACAGACAGACGGACCACAGAGCCGUUCACUGUGGGGUUGACCUUGAUGUACCAAAGUCAAGACUGUGUAUGUGUACAUGUUUGAGUGUGUAAGAGCAGUUUGAGUGGUUAGAUAAUGCUUUGGAGGCCCACUAUAAGUCCACUUGGGCAGUCUCCAGCCUUUCUGCCUCCAUACAAAGCUCAAGAGGGCUUCAGUCGGCUGCAGGGUGUCCUCUCAAUCACACACACAGAAAGUACGCAGUGCUGAACAAGAGGGCAACUUUGGCAUCGUCCUGUGAUAUUCUCUGGGAUUUUCAUCUCUAUAUUCAAACAUACAUUAAGAAAGCACAAGGGCCAGAUGGUCAUGCACACAAAAGCAUACACACACACACACACAUGAUCUCAUUUCUCUCUUUCUCUCUCUCAGCAGAGUAGAUAAAAGUUUUCAAAGACAACCAAUCAAAUAAAAUCCAAAAUUUUUUUAUCUAGCGCCAAUUUGCAAGCUGUUAUCCCAAGACGUUUUCCAAAGAAAAAGAGCAGGUCUGGACCACGCUCAUUUUUUGAUGAAUUAUCAAGACCCAGCUUUAAGAUGGGACAGAUUUGACCCAUUUCAUCUAACAUGAGUGACAGUGGCAAAGAAAAACUAUAACAGGCAGAAACCUGGGGAAGGACCAGACUCAUGUUAGACAGCUACCAAGCAGCUGCAGGGUUGGGAAGAAAUACAGAGAUAGGGAGGAAGAGAGAGAGAGAGGAGUAGGAGAGAGGGCAGGGGUAGAGAAAGAGAACAAGGGAGAAGGAAGGAGAGGGAGAGAAGAUAGAAACCGAUGGAUUAAGCUGACGUUGAUAACCUUUCUUGCAAACUCUGAGUGAAAGACAAGAAACACUUCCAUGACAUAAGAGGGCCGUUCAUGUGGAGGUGAUAACCAAAACAUGGUGUGGACAUUCAAAUGCUGGCAUUGAAGAUAGCAGCAGCAGCAGCCACAGUGAGAAGAUAACAUUCGAAACAGAACCCACACUCAAAGCCAACUGCGUAGAGAAAAGUGAUGAAAAAAAACCCUAAAUACUUUCAUCGCUUUGUGAUCAUGUUGUUUGUCCAUAAUCAUGCAUGUUACAGCAGCAAAACUGUGAUUUCUCUUUGUAGUAUUUGUGUUUCGGCGAAAGGCUUCUUGUCCAGUUCAUCUCCGUACACCGGUCAUGUGAAUCCUUGUUAUAUGAUCGUCUCAUUAUCCUUUUGAUUUAUUUGUUCUUUUCAUGUGUUUGUGUGUCUGUUUUUUUUCCUCCUAGGUCGAGGUGAUAUCCAACCUCAGCUGGACAGCGCCAUGCAGGAUGUCAGUGAUAAAUAUAUUCUGCUGGAAGAAACAGAGAAACAGGCUCUGAGGAAGGCUCUCAUAGAGGACAGACAGAGAUUCUGCUGUUUCGUAGCCAUGCUGCAGCCUGUAGUGGUGAGUAAAAGAGAAUAAAGCCUUUACAAGCUCCACUGUGUCUUUGCUGGAAAAGUACAUCUCUAUCCUUGCAGUGCUCUAGACUACUGUACUUUUACAUUUUUACACUUUGUUCAUUGUUGUUAUCUGAGGAGGAAUUGUUCCAUUAUUUGUCAGGUCUUAAAACAAAAUGCACUCUCCGCCAUUUGUUCUUCUAGGACGAGGAGAUUUCUAUGUUGGGAGAGGUCACCCACCUUCAAGCUAUCUCCGACGACCUCAAAGCCCUGACCUCUGACCCACACAAGCUCCCCCCUGCGAGUGAACAGGUGAGGAAAAAUAAUAAAGAUGGCAGCUCAUGAACAAUGAACUUAAACUGGCACAACUGACCCGAGGUGACGCUCUUUGGUGUGGAGUCUUUCAUCUUCACAGGUGUGUGUGUGUGUGUGUCUGUGUGACUAAUAUUUUCCGCUCUCUCAGGUGAUCUUGGAUCUGAAAGGCUCAGACUACGGUUGGUCAUACCAGACACCACCCUCAUCCCCCAGCACCACCAUGUCCAGGAAAUCCAGCAUGUGUAGGUAGGUGACUAGAGCCAAAUUACAAGAUCCACAGCGACAUAGAAGUGGAGUAAGACCCAGACUUUUCAGUGCACUCUCUGCACUGUCUAAAAAACAUCUCGUAUGAUUGAAUGAAUGGCACCGACUGGAAAACAAAAUUACCACAGUUAUUUUCUUCAGCUAUUUCCAAGAACUACGAAAAUGAGGGUGAAAUACCUGAACAUAGCCAAGUUAUAGGUUACAUCAGAGCAUCAGAUUUACACACAGGAUCCAUAGAAAUCUGAAACCCUCCCAGUGGCUGUGAGUUUUUCCUGGGAGGCCUCUGUGUUAUGGGUGGGCAGCAAGGACAUGGAGAAAAAACUCUGUGUUGUCUAAUCUGUGUCUGCCACCCAGUGGUUGAUUCUAGCUGGAGAAGUUAGCAAACUCUGUUUUUCUUUGUUGACCUCAUUAAGUUACAUUGAAGAGACCUUUGCUGUCAAAGUAAAGGCAGAAAUAAGUUUUAAAUGUGCAACCUGGCAUGUUUGCUGAGAGGGAUAUUUAAAAACAAUUGAAAUCAGAGAUUAAAGCGUUGAAAGGUUUCUUCAGUCAUAGCUCUUCAGACCAUGACCUCUGCAUUCUCUCCUUCCUGCUUCACGUUUCUCAUAGUGGUUUUUCCCAAACUUUUGCGGGUUACAGGAACAAACCGUAUGCCUGGGUGGAGCUGCUUUGCAUUUGCUCAGUCAAAGCUUUGAGGCUUCAGUUUUGGGGUUGUGGGCUAAUCAGCAGCUUAAUUGCCUUCUAGUUUGUCAAAAUGCAAAAAAAAAGAGCAAUUUAAGUGUUUUAUUGUAACCAAGAAUUUUAACUUUAUUACCACUUAUAAUUUCCAAAUCAUUCUGCGCCGAAUGUUUUUGAUGAUUUUGAUGCUUUUUAUUGAUUAUUUUCACAAACUUGAAAGUACAGAAGCUAAAAAUAUUAAGUUGACAUACGAUUUGCUUCAUAAUUUUGAGCAUAUUCCCACUUUUAUACGACCUUUACACGUCCAGAGAGUUGCUUUCAAGUUUGAAGUCACACUGUAAUUGAAUCUCAAUAAUUGCACCAGGAUACUUGGUCGAUGCUGUUGUCGGUUUUCAAGUGGAAACUCUCAAACAGCCGUGUCAAAGGCAUGAAAUCUUGUGAAUUCCCGCCCUGUGAUUAUUGUGGUAAUGAUAUCACGCCGCUCAUGUUGGUUUGUUUUGUUGUUCUGACUGGUUCGGCCUCAGUCACUGCCUGCUGCAUCUUGGUGUGCCGUGUUAAUUGUUUCCCACCCUGUCUCCUCCACAUCCCCUCCCCCCCACCCCAAUCCUCUCCUCGUUGUUCCUGUUACCUCUUUCUUAUCCAAUUUUCCUCCUUUUCCAAAUCCUUGUCUUUGGGUGCACUUUGAUUCCCCUUCACCCCCUGCCUGUCACUGCCAAACUUCUCCUUCCUCCUCAUCCUUCACCUCCCCCCCUUCACAGUAGUCUGAACAGCGUUAACAGUAGUGACUCCAGGGGAUCCAGUGGCUCCCACUCUCAUUCUCCUUCCUCCUCUUCUUCCUCCUCUUCCUCACACCACCUCUUCCACCACCAUCACCCCCGCCAUCGGUACCGCAGCUCCACACUACCCCAGCAGACCCCGGCUCGGCUCUCCAGCAUCUCCUCCCACGACUCUGGCUUCAUUUCUUCAUCACAGGACCAAUACACGUCGUCCAAAUCAUCCUCUCCUAUGCCAGCUGAUACGAAGGUAAGAAAAAGCUCUCUUCUCUCCCCGCAUUUAACCAUAAUUCCAGCUUAGAGCAAGAACACGACUAUAAAACUCCCUCUGCUGUAUGAUUUACAGGUCAUUGUAGUCAGGGACAGAGAGAAAACCCCCAAUCAGCAAUCCACAAAAGUCUUUCUCACACAUCUCCCCCCAGCCACUCUCAGAGGCAGUUUGCUGGCAGCGGGGAGCAUAUGUGAUCAUGGUGAAGUCAUUUCACUACUAUUAUUAUAGCAUAAAUGCACAGGAAAUGAGUCUGCCUCCAUUCUAGCCCAGGGCAUAACAGGUCAGCCCCAUCCUGCUAUUAGAGAAUCAACCGCUGUGACAGACUGUGGUUCGGUUCAACUCGCAGGGGCCUGAUCACGCUGUGCCAUGUAUUAUCAUUACAUGUAUCACAGUAAAAUGAGAAAUCACUGUGUCAACACUGUUUUCCACUCACUGGGAGCACGUCUUUUACCAGCAGGUCUCUUUUAUCGCACCAUCUGACACAGACUUUGUGAUAAUUAUCGAUGUAAUAGUCCGGGGGAUCGCCUGUGUGAGGCUUUCGCGGUUUCAGAUCAGCCGUAAGAGCGGCAGGCUGAAUUAGAUGACGUUUUGUCAGGCGCCAACAACCAGAGUUCUCCUGUCCAGAACACAGCGGUGGAGUUGAGACUCCAAAUUUUUAUGAUGCAGAGAGGGUGGUUUGGCAAGAACGUGUAUGACCCAUUUACAGUUUGGUCCCAGGAAUCAGCCCUCUCCCCAGCUUUUUCUUCGAGUAGAUACUGUAGUUGAUGUUUGAAUGAGUGUCAUGGGUAAAAAGGGCUUACUGGGGCUUACGUUUGAACCCACUGCUGGUUAGGGAGCGACAACUCUUGUACUUGAAUCAGAUUUCUUAAAUUCACAUCAUUUUUUUAUAGAAUGUUAGACACGGCUGACUCCAACCUCUUUUCUCCUUCUGAAGGACUGUAUAAAGAGCAAUUAUUCCCUCCUGGAGGCUAUCACCGAGAAUGAAUUAUUAACCGUGAUGCUGAUUGCUAAUAGUUCCCUUUAAACACACACACACACACACACUCACACGUGGGUUUGUGGGGAUAUUUUUAACAUCCAGAGAAAGUCCUGUAUUCUCUCAUCGGUGCUCCAACACUUGACAUAUCUAAGAAAUCAAUGUUGGUAUGACUCCUGGUGCCCCUCACUUGGCUGUACUCCUCACUAACUGCUGAGAACUGUGGAAAAGUUGCAGCUGCUCUCUAACAAACUGCUCCUCCCUGCUUCACUACCUGCUGACAUGUCUGUCUUUGCAUUUCUGCCCCCUCUGCUCAUGUCUGUCUGUCUCCAUUUCUCCCACCCCCACCCCCCCUCUUUUUCCUCUAUCCUUCCUCUGGUCUCCUCUCACUGCCUGCUUGCUGCUGCUGCUGCCCUUGCUGUCCCAGCCUUGUCCCAGUUCCAGGUCCUCUGAGGUGUCAGAGACUGGGCAGCAGCUUCACAGUGACUGCAGCUCCCCCUCCUCUCUAGCUGCUGCUACUGCACCUCAGCACGCUACUGACAAGGUGAAACACACUUAACCUUCUUACAGAUGUUCAUGUUUGUCCACUGUACGGCUCUAACCUGCACCACAGCUCCUGUCUACUAAACUUCAACUUCAGAUCAUCACCUGUGUGUUUGUUUGAGGAUCAUUUGUGGUUGUUUCCUUUUUGUUCCAUCAAUUUUGAUUUAUUUUUGGGUUCCUCUGAAUUAUUUCUCCUCAGUUAUUUGCUCAUUUUGGCUGUUUUUUUUUCAUUUCUGUUUCAUUAAUUUAUCCCGUUGUAUUUUGUUGUUUUUGUCUGUUUGUGUUAUGGUCCUGCACACGCACACAUCCAGCUAUCCAAUGGUUUUGACCACUACAGUCCUGCAAAUUCCCCCUACAUGCAUAGCAAUGGGGGGAGUUUGGGUUCCAGCAACGCCUUCCUCUUCUUCCCUCCUUCCUCCUCAUCCUCCACCUCCACUUCCUGCCCUACCCGCUCAUGGUCACGUCCCGCCUCGGCCUUGCUGCCAGACUACCCUCAAUACUGCACGAUGGGCUCCCCCAUGGUGCCUUCAUCACGUGUCCCCAGCUGGAAGGUUUGUCCAUCACUCUGGUCUUGGUGAUCAUCUUGUGUCCCAUUCUCCUUACAUGUUUUUAUAAUGUUUAAGACGUCUAAUGUUGAGAGCUAAAAAGAGGGUGAACAGUCAGAGUAAUGCAAAUUUUCAACACUGAUAUGUCCGUCCUUAUAGGACUGGGCUAAACCGGGCCCCUACGACCAGCCCAUGGUCAACACUCUGAGGAGGAAGAAAGACAAAGAGACCCCAGCUGUGGUGGACAGUAACGGUAGCAUCCCAGGGCCAAUCUCGAACACAGCGCAGACCUCAGCUGCUCUCCAAACAUCUGCACCUGUGGAGGAGAAGAGCAGGACUGUGGCUGCAACUCUCAAGGUCAGAUUUGUCAAACAGUUUGAAUUUUUUACAGGAGUUAUUAAAAAAGUGAGAUGGACUUCAUUUGAUUACUCCUCCUGUUAUGAUGUAUAAUCACAGUCUGCCUUUGGUCAUUAGCAAUAAUGCUUCAGACUCAGACUUUGGUUAUCUGCUAUAGAUGUCUGAUUUUUAUUUUAGAUAGAAAUUAGAAGAAGAAGAAGAAUUUUAUUGAUUUCCGAAGGGAAAUUCAAUGACAUUUGUUAUUAAUAGCUACUCCAGCAUUUGUGGGAUGUUCUGUCCUUCUGAUACUCUUCUUCUUCUUCUUCUUCUUCUUCUUCUUCUUGUCCUUCUUUUCUUCUUUUUUUUCAUCUUCUUUUUCUUCUUUUUUUUCGUCUUCUUUUUCUACUCCCUCGUCUUCCUCUUCUCCAUAUUUUCUUCUUUUUAUAUCUUCUUUUUCUUCUUCCUCUGUUCUUCUUCUUUUCUUCUUUUCUUCUUCUUCUUCCUGCACUUCUUCUUUAUCUUUUUCUUCUUCUUCCCCUUCUUUUCUUCUUCUUCUUCUCCUUUUUCUUCUUCCUCUUCUUCCUCUUUUCUUCUUUUUUUCUUCUUUUCUUCUUUUUCAUCUUCUUUUUCUUCUUCCUCUGUUCUUCUUCUUUUCUUCUUUUCUUCUUCUUCCUGCACUUCUUCUUUAUCUUUUUCUUCUUCUUCCCCUUCUUUUCUUCUUCUUCUUUUUCUUCUUCUUUCCUCUCUUUCUUCUUCUUGUUCUUUUCUUCUUUUCCCUCUUCUCUUCUUCCUCUUUUCUUCUUUUUCUUCUUCUCCUUCUUUUCUUCUUUUUCAUCUCCUUUUUCUUUUUCCGCUUCUUCCUCUUUUCUUCUUCUUUUUCUUCUUUUCUUCUUCUUGUUCUUUUUCUUCUUUUCUUCUCUUUCUUAGUCUUCUUUUUUCUUCUUUUCUUCUCCUUUUAUUAUUUUCAUCUUCUUUUUCUUCUUUUCUUCUUCUUUUUCUUCUUCUUCUUCUUCUAUGAUUGCAAACACUCUUCCCCUUCUGCUCUUUAUCUUUCUGCUCAAAAACAUACAUCGACAGGGUCUCCUGAUGUCAAAUGACCAUGAAAAACAAGCAUUGUUGGGUAAUUCGUGCGUUUGGCCCAAAGUCAGAGGACAUUUAUGGCUCAUGGGUUGUGUAAUUUCAAAGAGUGUUUACAUUGAACUCUAAGCAGUGUGUUCACAGUCUGACAUUUAGACAACAUGAAUAGGCCUCUCACUAGCAAUUUUCUCAUUUAGUGGCAUAAUGACCUGUACUUUAUGAUUGUAAUGACUUAAAUAGAUUAUAUGCGGCUGUGUCCAGACAGUCAGGCCUUCAGACCCCAUUACUGAAUGGUUUUGUCUCUGAUUGGUUGCUAAAGGCUGGAGAUAUCGAGGCCCAUGAGGAACUGGCUCUGGCUUUAUCUAGAGGUCUGGAGCUGGACACCCAGAGGUCCAGCAGAGACUCAAUCCAGUGUUCAAGUGGCUACAGCACACAGACGAACACGCCCUGCUGCUCUGAGGACACAAUACCCUCACAAGGUAAGAGUUUUUUUUUCCCACGGUCAGAUAGCGAUCAGUGUGACUGUGAACGUCUGCUUCCCUCCUCUUGAGUUAUGAAACACACUCACUGGUUGUGUCAGUGUGCUGUUAACCCCUCUGUUUGUUCUCUUUAGUAUCGGACUAUGAUUAUUUCUCCAUGGCGGGGGAUCAGGAGACUGAGCAGCAGUCUGACUUUGAUAAGUCCUCCACCAUCCCCAGGAACAGCGACAUCAGUCAGUCCUACAGACUCAUGUUCCAGAGCAAACGGCCUGCCUCCACAGCCGGUCUGCCCAGCACACAGGCUCCUUAUCCUGGACAGGGGACCUACCCUGCAGGGCCCUAUCCCCCUACACCCAUCCACACUGGGGCUUAUCCUACGACCCCCACAGGUACAGACUACACUGUUUCAGCUUGAUAUGUGGUUCUGAAAUUCUUACAUCUGUACUGACUUUCCCUUUCUUGGCUGAUUUGUGCUCUGUUGUUGCAGGUUCGAGUUCGGGUCAGGCUUUUUAUUCUGGAUCCCACAAUGCCCCCAGCUCCUAUUCUUCAGGCCAUGGUCCAGUUAUCGUAACACCCGGGGUCGCCACAAUCCGUCGCACCCCUUCUUCAAAACCCUCCGCCCGCCGUUCAGGCUCAAUCGUAGGAACAGGUCCUAUCCCUAUCCGCACACCUGUCGUCCCAGUGAAAAUCCCCACAGUGCCUGACAUGACGGGAGCUGUAAACGGGAACAGGAGUGCAGAGGAGAGCCGAGGAGACGAAAGCCCAGAUUCUCCGACAUUUGCCGGGGGCGGGGAUCCUGGCACUCUGCCUGUAAUGUCCUGGAGCGGUCAGGCCACAACUAAUCCUCCCACUAUACCCCAGUCCAAUCAGCAGCACCUGCAGGGUGAGACGGGGCAGAACGGAGGAGAGGAGGGAGGCGAAGGGUCAGAGGGCAACAUGCUGGUAGCCAUCCGCAAGGGAGUCAAGCUGAAGAGAACCCUGACCAAUGACCGAUCGGCACCACGCAUCCCAUGAUCAUUUGACACCAAGGAAAAACACAAGCUUCGUCAAAGAAGUGCAGCUCUUCCUUUAUGUCAAGGGCUCUCAAAAAAUGUUGCUGAUAGAGUUAAGAUGUACAGAAUCUAAGGCUCCUUGUUGUACAAUCAACAAUUCUUACGCUGUUUAAUUUCUCCUACAGAAAUAAUCUUCAAUCACCCAGAGAAGAAAGGCCGUUCUUCUUGUUUUAUAACUUGACGUAUAAUGUCUAAAAACAGUCAAGUGGUUAAGAUUUUGGUUUGGAUCACGAGCCAGAACAAGUCUUAGGCCUUAGCACCAAAAUGCUUUUGCAAAUCCGAGCCCACAGCUGUGUGAUGAAACACAAGCGGAUGUUUUUUUGAGUCAGUAAAUAACCAGGAGGACUGAGCUGCGUAACACUAGAGGACAGUGAAGAUGUAUUUUAUUAACCUGUAUACAGUAUUCUCCCUGAAGCAGAGGGUUGGACAAUGUGCAUGUGUAUAUAAACACCGUGUAUUAUAUGUAAACACUCAUUGUUUAGGGAGUGCAUUGUACCAUUGUGGGACAAAUAAGCAUUCCAACUGCCAACUGACUUGGCAGAAGGAGCACGACAAGAAAUUCAAGUACCACGCAGCGCCAGGAGAGAAACAAACAGGUGCAUCUGAGAGUAAGGACUCCAGUGUCCAAGCUCCCUGAUGUACCAUUUGGCAUCCCCAGAACUGCAAGGACUGCUCACUCUGAGGGACGCCCUGCAGGCUGCAGGAGGAUGCUGUGUCAUCAAAGCUGUUUUCCGUUCACAGUUCAAACAUGUGAGAUUUCCUCAGAGCCAAUAUUGGGAGGCAUGAGUAAUACAGAGAGCUUGUUGCUAAGCUAACAACCUGGCUUUGAGUUGAAGUCAGAGUUGAACGAGACAACAGUCUGACUCAAGUGUCACAUUGUUGAUUCCAUGACAUCAAGAGACACUUAAUUUGAGUUGUUUUUCCAUCGCGUGUAAAUAAUUUUGCAUGUCCAGGAGUUAAUUUGUGCUCCUCUCUUUCAUAUCUUUGUAGUUUUCCAUUUCACUUAUCCUUCUACACCUCCACAGAGCCACAAUCAUUGAGUGAAGAUCAUCUUCACACAUGAUCUUAUAGAACUGCCUCGCCUAAAAAGCUGUUUUGGUUUUAUUUUCUGUACUGAUCUCUUAAAUCUGUUAUAUCUACAGGCUAAGAUUCGUUAAAUCCUAAGUGGUAUUUGUUUACACAUUAUCCCUUGUGUAUUAGCCUUUUUCUUUUUUUUGCAGCUUUUAUUAGCCAUACUGCAAUCAGCUGUGCAUUAAUGAGCCUUUAGUGUAACUAAGAAAUGUCCAAGUACAGAUGUGCCGUCUGGAAACUCAACGUAAAAUCUAUAAAUAUAAGGACAUUUUUAUCAAAGUUAGUUUAACUGCAUCAGUGGAAAGAUAUGUGUGUGGAUAUACCACACUGUUCCUCCUGCUGUUCUGUUGACUUUUUAACAACAACAAUGUAGCCUGCAUGCUCAUCAUCUAUAGGUUUUAACAUCUGUAAUCUUAAAAUGUUCUUCACAUUCACAUUAAACUCUCUAGUUUCCACUUAGGUACAUUUUUAGAGAGUUUGUCUUAUUUUGGACAUAAGUGUUUUUUGGGGGCUUCCUCAGAUUGCAGCAUUGUAAAACAAAAGCAUUUAGUAAUUUUGAAUUAUAUCUUUUACUUUAGUUCAGGCACUGUGAGAACAUGGCUACUACAACAUAUAUGAAACUGUAAAUGUUAUAUAGCUGUACAAGUUAAUCCAGAAACAUUUUAAUUUAUUUCCUUUUUCUCUCUUUGAAAUCACAUUUUAGUUCUUAACCUAUGUCUAUUUUUGUACUUGUAUGAAAUAUCAAAUAAUAGAGUUGUUUCAUCUAUCCACGCAUGUUCAUUGAAAGGUUCAUGGCUGUCCUGCUACACUUCGUUGUGUCCCUUAUUUCAAACAGACGUAUGUUGUGUAAACUGCAUUUUAAUUAAGUAGAGUUAAGUUCGUCCCUUUGACGUCCAGAUAAAGUUAAGUUAUAUACCGGAGAAGUUUGCAUCAGUAUUAUGAGUUCAGGCUGUGGGUAUUUGAGUCCAGUUUGGUUUCAUUUCAGAUAACAGUGCAUUGUCUUUGAAUCAUUUUAUCAGAGCUAUAUAUUAACACUCAUUUUUGGAAAGUUGACUGACAGCAGUCCUGUGAUAAUUUUGCUAGAACAGCCAACGAUAUUUCCCUGAGGUUCAUUUUAGGGCUCUAGUUUAAUCAGUUUUUAACAAACGGCACACUGCCCACAGUCUCUGACCUAACCUGAUCGAAGUUUUCCAAUGUCUUUGCAUGAAAGCCCAGUUAAUUUCUUCACUGUAACCAGGUUUCAUAUGUAUUUUAUAUUUUGAAAGUACAAUAGAUGGCAAUAAAAGAAAGGAUGAAGCCAGUCAGAACCCAGACUGUGAACCAGGGUGAGCACAUAAACCAAUAUAGAGGAAAAAAAAGCUCUUUACUGUUAAAUUUGAGCUUCCCAAAAAUAAGGUAACUGUGAAGCUGUUUGGAAAAUUGAGCGUUCAGUUUUUGAUGUUGUUAGCGAUGUGAAUAAUUCUGUUUUUGUUUGUUUUCUGGCCGUCCAUAUGUCUAAAUCUUGUAUUAUAAACUUGUAAGUUGCAUAUUUAAAUUGCUAGCACAGAUAUAUAUUAUAUCAGAGUUGCCAAAUGUCUGUAUAUCCUAUAAUAAUAAGUUUGUGAGCGUUGGAAAAUACACUCAAACCUGGUUUCUUGUUUAGUUUUUUUUUCCUCCUUGAAAAACAUUUGAGUUAUUUCCUUCACAGGAGAGUUGACCUCUCUGUCCCUGUACAGUUUAACAGCCUUUGAUGCAGUUUGUUUCAGCAGGUAAAGAUUGUUAUUUUUUUGUGUAAUGACAGCUUUAGCAAUAUAAUAAAAAAAAUACAAAUUAUG